UGUUUCAACAUGGCGGACCAAACGAAGAAAAUCUGUUGUGAAAAUAAGGACAGUUCUACAAAGGUAGAUCUCAUAAAAUGCUUCUAUUCGCUGAAAAAGCUAUUCUUAACAUUUCGUAAUUUCUAUAAAUAAUGAUUAGAACGUAAAAUAGUACUGAUUUACGACAUAUUUUAUAGUCAUCUUAGUAUCCUUAUCAAAAUCUGUGUAAGAAACCUUAAGUUUCCCAUUUAUAUACCACAAAUUAAGGAUUUUGAUAUUGUAAUAUUUAGCGUGGCAACUGACUUUAAUGUGCUGUAUGAUGUUCGUGAUAGUCUUAAGAUAUUGAUGGCUGUGUGCUGCGUCCACAUAUUUUUUGAGGUUCGGGUUUUUUAAAACAUGAAUUUUGUUUCUUGCGAUUCACGUACGAUUGUGAUAUCCGACACGUUUUCGUGACGCAGCGCGUUACUGAUCGGAAAUUAUAUUUCUUCGCUAUUUAUGGCAGUAUUUCCUCUAACGGAAAGUUCAGAAUUUUAAACCUUACAAGAUUUCAAUUUCAUUUAAUACGUAUUUAUUGCUCAACGACUGUGAUUUACACUAUAUGUUACUAUUUUCCUAACUCAAAAAAUAAUACUUAUAUCGUACAAAACUGCUCCUCCUCCAUAUGCGUACGGGCUAGGGCUGUUUGAAUUUCGGCUAGGGUCGCUCAGGUCUAUGUUGUGGUUCAAUUUUAUCCUACAUUAAAAAUUUAUUAAUUUUUGUUUUUUUGGAUAUGGUUUAGCUUAAAUGUAUAAUAAUGAGUUUGAAAACAAAUAAAAUAAAAUCUAAACCAUGGAUAAAAUUGAACCAAAACAUCUAUAUUGUGCUAACAGAAACCAGCUCAGCUCCCACCCAUUCAAAUCUAUAUAGAUCUAUUAACAUGUAAAUGUGUUUGAAAAUAUUAGGAAAAAAAAAUGUAUCCCAAAACAUGGGUACAUUAGGGCUGAAGAUAAGACAGUGUAGUAGGUUAUAAAUUCAGGAUGACAUGUUUGUCAUGCAUGCCACCUAUCAACAUUCCAUUCCUAGCAGUAAUGAAUGCAGGAUGUCAAGGUUUGUAAUAUGAAGAUAGUGCUAUGGGUUUAGUGGUAGAGAAUUUGUAUACAUGCAGGUUUUGUUUCUGUUGGCUGAACUCAUAAUAUAUUUUUCCCAAGUCACCAUGUGACUGACUGAACAAACAAAAUUCUCAUAUUGGGAGGUUAUUGAUGACUUGUCCUAAGUUUUUCUAUCACUGACUGAUGUUUUGUUUUCUUCUUUGCAUUCAGACACGUGAGCUUCUUACACGUUUCUCUAGCACUGUAUUUGCUUGUGACAUCUCUGGGGAUACGAGGUACAUCAGAUGUGACUUUCCACAAUGUAGGGAACAUGCAGAAGCUUUGCAAGGUAGACUGAUUCAGAUCUCAAAAUUAUAGCUUAAGAUUACUGGUAUUAAUGUUGCGCAGAUAAUCGUGCAUAUUACCUCUGAAACAUGGUUUAUGUAAACAUGUGUUACAGGUCAAAUUUGAUUUCAGGUUGAUCUUGAUUUAACCCAGGUUGAUUUUUUUACCAAGGGUAAAAGUAAGGUGCCAGUGGUCACUGGUAGUGAUAAAACAGGACCUUGUUUACACAUGCUGAUUGUAUUGUCAAAAUCUUUGUAUGGUAGCAUUAGCUAGCCAUUGUUACUAUUACUAAUAUUAUUGCUAGAUUAGAGUGUAUUUUGAUGUUAAAGUUGAUUAAUCUUCAAGGAAAACCAUGCUGGAUUCUCAAUACUCUGAAGAAUGUCAGAGUACUGGACAACCAUGUUGGAAGAGAGGUGAAUUAUUACAUGAAAGAAAUUGAUUCUGGAAUGCAUGAUCAGUUGUCCAAUCCUCACUAUGCAGAAAGUCAGCAUUGGAUUGAAGCUCAAGCUUUGCCUGAAGGAACUAGAAAGGUAUUGAUUGUUUGAGGCAGUGUAGGGUAAACCCAGAGACUUGCUAAAAUUGAGAUACUCAGACCACUGAUUGAAAAUCCAAGACCUUGCCGGAAGAUGUUUGAAAAUGAAUAAUCUGAGAUGGAAAGAAGCACACAGGAAUGACACCUUGAUAUCUUUUACUAAUGAUUCUAUAAAUUUGAGAGUAGUUGAGAUUUUUUAGGGACCUGUGGCAUCCUGGGAACCAUUCCUUUCAACCCGUCUUGUACGUAAUAUGUGUACUGUGAGGACAAAUGACUAGAGGUUGGCAGGAUUGUAGAGUUCUCAUAGUUUUUUGUUUUUAACCAACCUUAACCCAAAGGAUAUAGUGAUGUAAUGUUGGUAUAUAACAUAAGAGUGAAAAAUAAAAAUAAAUAAUAAAAAAUACAAGAUCAUCAUCAUCAUCGUCAUCAUCAUCGUCAUCAUCACCAUCAUCAUCAUCAUCAUCAUCAUCAUCAUCACCAUCAUAAUCAUUAUCAUCAUUCAAUUCAAAGUAGACAGACUGCAAAUUAUAGUACCGGUAGUUGCUAAUAAAAAAAUGUAUCUACAUGUCCCAACUGUUCAUCAGUAGGAUGCCUAAAAUGAGUUCAAUUCCACAAUUGGUUUCGACUCCAUUACAUCCUAUACCAAUUGCAGAACAUUUUAGGAGGAGCCACCCACCGUGUGAGCACAGUCGCGGACAACACAUAUAAGUGAGGAAAAUAAUGCAAAGCAAAACUAAGAUGUUAUUAAAUGAACUAAAUGUACACAAAACUUAAACAAAUAAAUAAUGCACACGCCCAAAAUUAAAUUACGCGUGCACAUGUACCAAGUUACAACUGAAAUAAAAAUCCAAGUAAUACAUAAGCAAUGUAAGGAUACGAUGGUGCAAUUUAAGCCUGGAUUGCUAAUCUCAUCUCCCGCACGGCUGCACCAUACUUCUCGAUGAUAAGACCAUGGUGAUUGACGAAUUUGUUAAAUGAGUUCUGAAGUCGAUUGGUUUCGAAGCCUUGUUGUCAUCAUCAUCAUCAUCAUCAUCACCAUCAUCAUCAGUCAACAUCAUCAUCAUCAUCAUCAUCACCAUUAUCAUAACCAUCACCAUUGUCGUCAUCAUUAUAUCUAAAUCGAAAUCCCCACAUUUAGCUGACAUUUGCCAGUUACUGCUCUUGAUGCAUAAUGAACACCUCGGUGUAGAUACUUUUUAACCAUGUCACUGUUAACUGCAUUGGACAAGAUCCCGAUACAAUGUACCUCUGCUUUAAUGAACAAUUUUUUCCUGUUGCUGGGCACUAAUGUUGCAUUAGGUUUUCAAUGCAUAUGCAUUACUUUGGGGUAUCUAGAUUUUUAGACUUUAUAUCUGUGCUUUGAUACUCCAUCCAGGUUCUUGCUGUGUUUAACCUCAAAGACCCACAGUCACAGUUUGGUGAUUGGAUUUCACUGUUUCUAAAAGCUGCUUUUAUGGCUGAAGGUAAACAGGCACAUAUGUGUACAUGUGGUUGGUAAAUAGUUAGAGGCCACAUGCCAUUUUACAGUUGUUCACUGGGUGUCCCAGCUUGAGUGAAAGCAUUGCAGAGGGGCCCUAAAGCUUAAGGCUCACUCAGUCACUCAGCAUGCAACUGUAUAAUGGCCCAUUAGAUAUUAAAUAGAAGUGCUAAAUAUGUGUCAGAAUUAUAAAUUUUCUCAGUGUUAUUCUGAAUUACAAAAUGUAUAUAUGAGAACCAAAACUUGAGUACCUUAGAAACUUGUUUGUAACCUGCAUUAAUUUUAUGGAUUCUUUGUAUGGUUAGUACAAGUAGUAUUGUAAGCUUUCUGAUAAGUUAACAUCAAGUUUUUGUCACAUCAAACUUAAAACUGUGUACAGUGUAUUGGGAUUGUUUUAAGUAGCAUUUUGAACUUAAAGCUGGGCAAUUUAAAAGAUUCAACAAGAAGAAAUACUAAUGAAGUACUAUUGUAUGUACCUCUUCUUUUCAAUAGUCUUUUAUUAUUGAUUUUCAAUUUGGACCUUGUCAAGUUAGCAAAUCAACAACAAUUUUCCACGAUCUGUACUCUUAUUGACCAUAAAAAUGACGUCAAAAUGUUCACAACUCAAGAGGAACCAUGAGCAGCAGGCGAGUGGUUUCGCUGCGAAGGUUUGAACAUUUCACAUCAUUUCUAUGGUUGAUGAGAGUACAAACCAUGGAAAUUCAUUGACAGUUUGUUUUUUUUACAAUGAUAACAUUGAUAGUUCUGGCCCCAGUUGUUCAAAUGCUGGACAGCACUAUCCACCAGACAAAUCACUAUCCAGUGGAUUAGUAUAAGGAAAAGCAAUUGUGCUAUCCGUUAGAUAGAGAAUUAUCCGGUGGAUAGCUUUAUCCACCUUUUGAACCAUGUCAUUUCCAUUUUCUGUACUCCUAUCAAACAUAGCUCUCAUCCAAUCAGCGCAUAAGAAAUCGCUAAGUUAUUGUUAAAUUUGUGUGUGGCAGCAGUUGGCGAUGAUUUCCCAAGGGUGCCUGAUUACUGUACUCUUUUUCAUGCUUCCUUCAUCGUGUUUUUUUUACAUUGUAUGUUGUCUUUUAAUUGACAGAGAUACAAGAACAUGGCUGUGUUGUAAUCACCCAGAACUUUGUGAGUCGUUAUGAGUUAAUGGAGUGCAUUGCAAAGCUAAGUUUCUUGAGCAGUCAUCUGCCAACAGGUUUGUAUUAUUCCUUUUUGGUAGAUUUAGCUUUUGACUCAGGCCCACUAUCCAAAUCCAAAUUCUUUAGACUAAUUUUCUUACACAAGAUGUACCUUUCCUUAAAGAAUUAUUUGACUGAGAAUUUGAUUUAAGAUCAAAGCACUUUUCCCUUUGGUUUAUAGUCUGCGUCACAGCCGUUCUGGUGUGGUCACAUAAUUACUGUGAAUUAAUUAUUGGUUGGAGAAAAUGUUAUUGAUGUUGGGCUUUCUUGGGACUUAUAUUGACUCCAGGUCCUGGAAUAAAUAUAAAAAUGCAACUCUCUUUAAGGGGUCUUUUAGGUAAUUUAUCUCUUGUUAACACAACACACGAUAACAGAGGUUUCACUGCCUCAUCUUCUUUCUUAGUUGAAGUUGUUGCAGCAUUGAGCUGUCACUCAAGUUGUCAGGGCCAAGUGUUUUCUUGCACACCAUUUGCUAUGGGGAAGCAGUGUGGAUUUGAAGAAUUUUGCUCCUUGCAUGACUUUGUGAUGGCUUGUCAAAAUGUUUUAAACAACGUUCUGGUGGCUGUACACAUCUCAUCAUGUUUUACGUUGAAGCUGGAUUGCUCUCAUGUGGUGAGUUUUCUUUCAUGAGAGACCCUUUCACGAGUUUUUUCAAUUUUUGACAUGGACAAGUAAGGGGAAAUCCUUCAACACCACUGGAAAGAGCGUCCUAAAAUUGAUAAAAUCGCCAAGGUUGAAAGUGAUUUGUUGAAAAAUAACGAAGACAAAGCUCCUUAAAGGCAGGAAAUUUUACAGACAUUUGUAUGGUGAGGAGGACAAACUUGCCCCUCACCAUCCAAACGUUUGUAAAUUUUCGCAACUGUGUGGAGCUAUAUCUUUGCUCGCUUAAGAUGCAUGUAUCACUUUCAAAGUUGGCAAUUCUGCUAAUUUUAAGAGACGCUCUUUCCACUGGUGUCGACGGAUGUUCCCUAACUUGUACAUGUCAAAAGUUGAAAAAAACCGUGGAAGGGUCUAUUGUAAUCAUUCAUGAUCAACAUCAUCACCAUCAUCAUCAUCACUUUUAUUAAUACACGGUAAAAACAUCAGGAAAAUAUACAAUAUCCUAAAAAAGUUACAAACUAUUGAAUUAAUAGUAAUAGCACUUACAAAGAUGAACGUUGAAAUAAAUAAAUAAAUAAAAUUGAUUUUAAAAUUAAAGCCUGUUUUCUAUGAAUGUUAACGGUUUACGAAAGCAAGUCAAAGAUUAUGCUUGUCUAACGUCAGAGGGCGAAUUGUUCCACAGCCCCGUUUUAGCAGAAGCUAUUUCUAUAGUAAUUGGUUCGUGGCAAGGCAAUAACAAGCUUGUUUUCAGAAUCUCUAAGGUUAUAAAAAUUAAACAAAUCGCUGCGUAUGAUCCGAUGUAAUCAUCAAAAGGCAGGAAAGUACCCUCUCACUAACUUACAUCUGAAUAAUCGCAAUUGAAAUUUCGGUUUUAGACUUGAAAGCUCGAACAACCUUAUACAGCGUUAGAAAACAAAGAGUACCGUUUCUGGAAUAGUACUAGUCUUCGAAUACAGCCGUUUCUGCUCGUUCAUCGCCUGCUAGGGACGUUUUGCCAGGAGGGACGUCUGCGCCUCAGCAUCAGAAAUUCCAAACUAAUUCCGUAAAAUCUAUCUGGAAUCUGGUCAGGAGCUCUGAUUGGUCGACGUAGUAGUCAUAUUGUUUUAGCUAUUGCUUAUGAAUGACAGACAAAAGACAAAAGGUCACAAAGGUCAAAUGUAAACGCAAUUAAUCUAUUACACAACAGUCAAUAUUCGUUGAAUGUAUUCUUCUUUAUAAGAAGCAUUUGGGUUUUGCUGGAGCUCCAUCUCAGAAGAAAAUAAAACUUCACCAUAAUCGACCAGGAGAAACCAUAGCUACCCCAAGCUCACGAAUGUCCUACUCUUUUUGACAAUACUGAACUUUUUUCAAGUAUCAGAUACUUUAGCUAUAUAAGCUUAUUGGGGACACAGAUCAGUCGAGUGGGUUCUUUUACAUCCCUUCAAACUGACUGAUGAAGGAAGGAUGAAUUAGGAUUAAAGGUCAAUGUUUUAACGUCACUGCCCAAUGACGCGAACAUCUGAACUGAGACAAAGCCUUAAAUCACAGCCAGCAAGAUCUCCCCAGGUUUUAAAGACCCUAGUUGUAUGUCCGAGCUAAGUGAGCGGCGGUCGUGCUUUACGAUUUAUGCUGAUUUACAUUUGCUUUACGAGUCAAAAGUUUGAAACAACUUGCAAAGCGUAAUAUGCAGCACCAUGAGAAAGACUAGGAACCAGUUGUUCAAAGGCCGGGUUUCUUUUUCUUUUGUUCGAAAGCAUUUUCUCAGAUUAUUUUCUCUUUCCUUUUCAGAGCAUCUGAUCAUCGAAUUGUUGACGAAAGGAACUAAACUGAACUGCUUGUUAAGCUUUCAUGUCUGAAUUCAAAUUUCGCAUUAACCUUGGGUUAUCUUAACCCAGUGUUGAACAACCCGACCCUGCUCAGUAGCUCUGGCUUGAAUGAGCACACUUCAUAGCGGAUGUAGUUUAUUUCCUUCAUCUGUGUAAAUGUGUUACGGCAGUUGCAUUAAUCUUGAAAUGUCCGAAAACUGAACACACUUUUGCCAUCUUUCUUUGUAUCACAGGAUUGGCCGGUAGAUGCAGAUUGGCUAAAAAACAAACUGCAAUGUAUUCUCAGCGGCAGCACCAGAGAAGUGUAUGAAACUGGCUCCCAGGUGGCUGAUGUACAUUUGAUGCUCUCCACGAUGCUUCCCAGCUCUGACGCUGAAACUUGUGGUACGCGUUUAAGGAGUGCAGUGCUGAGAGCGUGCUUGGAAGGAUUUCCUGAUCUUGCAAGGGAGAUGGGCCUGGAGGUUUUGGACCCUGAUUCUGUAAGGGAGAGACUUUCAAGGGAGGGCAGAGAAGAUGAGGUGAGGGUUUUUGGAUCAAUUAUGGUUUCUGGGAAUCUGUUCGCCUACCCCUCCCGUAAGCCAACAUUCUGCCCUAAGAGAGAAGUAAGUGUUAAUGCAAGGGAGAUGGGCCUGGAGGUUUUGGACCCUGAUUCUGUGAGGGAGAGACUUUCAAGGGAGGGCAGAGAAGAUGAGGUGAGGGUUUUUGGAUGUAUUAAGGUUUCUGGGAAACUGCCCACCUACCCCUCCCCUGAGCCAACAUUUUGUCCUAAGUGAGAAAUAAUGUUGAUGUUGGCUAAGGGGAGGGGUAGGUGGACAGUUUCCAAACACCUAAAUCGAUCCGCGACAUGUCCAUUAUGAGGUCAUUUUUACUUCUACUGCCAAAAUCAAUUUCGUGUAUCCUUUCGUAUUUCAAAAUAACUAAACUGGAAAUUUGCACAAGGAAGCAUAACUCUGAAGGAUUCUGGGACUAGUGGUAAAAAGGCGUCAUCGUGCAUAUGGGCUAUUUUGGCUUUAAAAACUAGCAGUAAAUAUUCACCUAAAUCGUAAUGGACUGAAUUCCACGGAUAAACCCAAAAGCUAGGCCAGUGCUGUUCGUUUCGGAUGGAGAGGUAGUCUGUUUUAGAUUUUUGUUGUUGGAGUCUGUUUUUAAGUCACCAAAAUAUUAAUGGUUGUAAAGGGUCUGGCGAAUGUUUUUGAAAAGUUCGUAUGUCCAGUAAACAGAGGAGGUUCCACAGGAAUUCCACAAUGCAGCACAAUGCGGUGAUGGACUAACAUCUCAUCCGGGAGAGAGAAGCAAGACUCCUGGGGGUUUCAUGCUUAGAAACUGAAAAUACAGUCAAAUCUCCAUUAAACGGCCACUCUCUAUUAAGCGACUAGUGAUCAGAAUCCCGAAAUAAUUCUAGAAAAGAAUGUGAAAUUAAACCUCUAUUACACGGCCGCGGUCUCCUUUUUGCUGUCCCAUCAAGCGCCGGAUACUCUUAAUUUGGUUUAAUUCUUAAAAUAUGAUGAACCAAAAUACAAUCCGAGAUAGAAGGUGAUGACCGAUUGUGGACUAGAUACGCUGUUCCUGUGGCGCGUUUGUUUCAAAAUAAAGUGAUGUUUCUGCUUACGGUUAUGCUAAUUUAUGACGAACCUCUAUUGAGGGGCCAACCUCCAUUAAGCGGCCAUUUGCCGGUACCCCUGAGGGUGGCCUCGUAAUAGAGGUUCAACUGUAAACGCCGGUCGUGUCAGUGAGGCUCAUGGCUAGUGUGCGCCUCUAUCCUUAUUAUCAUUCUUCACUCAAUUAAAUAAUUCCUUUUUUUGUUAAUUUUUCCUGAACUUGUUAAGGUUACUCCACCUGGCCUGGUAAUGUCGUCAGUUCGAGUUGUCUUCCUCGUUCAAGUAGAAGAUCCUGGUUCAUCAUCCAAGGCCUCUUAUCACGCUAAGCAUUGUGGGCCAUACACUGCCCUUGCAGAAGCAAUUACAGCAAAUCUUCGAAUACGAAAAGCUUCAGACGUGAGGUUUGAGUAUACGAUUGUCCAAGUAAAACACAUCGAAACCCUUCUUCUUAAAGAGUCGUUGAAUAAAGAGUUAAGCGUUCUCCCUAUUGAUAAUUUGAAAGUUCUGUUCAUUGCGAUAGGACCCAUGUUUUCUAGACCCAGCGUAGAACUGAUAGAUAUCAUCAAAGACUGGAGUAGUCAAAAGACUGAAGGUAUCUGUUACGGCGUUCAUUUUCAACAUAUUACGGCAAUGCAGGCCUAUGCCAUCAAGAACCGGCUCAAGCAAAUUCAAGAUCGCGACAGCAUUGCAGGAAGCGCCGAAGCAGCACCUUCGAGAAAGCGCCUUUCUGUUACUGGACUCGUUGACAAUGGAGAUAAAAACUGCUCUUCGUCAUUCCCUGUUUUGCUGUACAUGAUUCAUUUGGCUGUUGGAGAGAAUGGGAACAGACUAGCUGGAAAAGGAAUUCCGUCAGGUAUAUUGUAGGAUUGAUAUUUUUCUGGUUUGUCAAUCCUAGUAAAGCUGCAAUCUUGGGUCCCCUCUGUAGUUACCAAGGCACAGAUUACGCACAACAAGAGAAACAACACAACCAAACAAUAAAGCACCCCUCGGGGUUCGUACAGAGUCUUGAAUUCUUGACAAAGCCAGCCCAGCAAUUUUCCAGACCUGGAAAACGUCUGGAAAAUAGAGAUAGAGUGUGAAAAAAAUGAUGGAAAGUCUUGAGUUUAGCUUGAAUGCUUUAUAAGUGAUUUUAUCCAAUCUCGCCCAAACGUUUGCAUUGAAUCGUGAAAAAACCUUUGUUCCUGCAUUUUUAAGGUCUGUAUUGAUCACUGACCUAUUUGAUAACCUUUUGUUUUGGAAAAAAGUGUGGAAAAUGUCUUCAAUUUUGGAUCCAAAAAUCCGGCGAACCCUUCACCUGAAGAACUCUAUUGUUUGGUUCCUUUGUUUCUUUUGUGAUGGCGGUACUCUUGGACAGAAUAAAAUGGAAUGACAGUCUCCCCUUCCUCCCUAAUUUAAGGAUAAAGCCGUGGAAAGGUAAAAACGGGCAGUCUUCCCAUCCUUGUUUUGUUUGGGGGAGGUCGAAAUUUCCUUUUUAUUUUGACCAAGAUUGUAGCUUGUGACCCAUAGCGAAGUAUUUUUUUUUGUUCAAUUCACAGUUCUUUUCUCUCAUUUUUAACCGAUCAACUCCCGAAGUAAAUGGCCAGAAGACAGUGAAGCUAAUGUUAAUAAUUUUAUGUUUAAAAGUCGUGACCACUCUUGAAAAUAUGUAAACCCUCGCUUGGUUUGCUUAAUUUGGGGUUUGGUCUUCAAAUGUGUUGAUUGCUGUAAAGGGAAAGAUAGAAACCUUUCUCGUUGAGCGGCAGGCGGAAUAAAAGCUCGUUAUUUACCACUCCACUAGUUGCCACUCAGAAAGACACCGAAGGAAAAUUCAGUUGAUCAAUGCUGUGCUGUGAAACCUGCCACGCCCUUUGAGAGAUUUUGCUGGUUUUGUUUUAAAGGUAACUUUAAAACAUUUGCGUAUUCUUACUUUUGUAGCUGUCUAUAGCAACAAGCCAGUCGGUCAUGGUGUGUCAUCUUGGACACUGGAAGAAGUGUAUAUGGAGACUUGCCACGUGCUUUCAGGCUUAAGCAGGAAGUGUGGAUUACAUCUACUUUCGCCAGCGUCGAGUCCCGAGAGGCCUGCUGUGGUGCAAAGUUCCAGUCUUUCAAGUGCGUAUAGAACUUUCAGUGAAAAAACUGCACCAGUAACUCAGGAACAGGCCUCUACGUCCAGUUCUGAUUUUAAACGAGGAGCAUUUAGUGGGGAAAUGGAUUCCUCGGUCGUUAACACCCCAAGUCCCUUGAAUCAGGAUGGAACCAUAAGUGAAAAUAAACCUUGUUGUGUUGGAGUUUUGACGGAAAAAAGUUCUCAAGAAAGGGACAGACACAGUGGUUUGUCUUCCUGUGACGGUUGUCCGAGAGCAUCUUCCACGACAACCCCGGUUUUAGACGAUUCGACAGAAGAUGAAAAUGCCUGUCGUUCAGAAGGUAAUGAAGGAGAGAAUAUAGAAAAAUUAGCUGGUUUUGAAGGCCUCGAAAAGGACUCAAUAAACAUUGGAUCAUUUCUCGAGGCUGGAAGUUCAGCAGAGAUGAAGGCAAGUACAAAGAGUCUUGACCAGAAUGACCUUGAGCGUGACGAAGAACCCUUCAGUGGAAUGUGUGACACGAAGCCGUCUUCAACAAUCAAAGAAGAUGUCUCUGAGGGCAUCGGAAGCAGCUGCACUGUUACGGAUACUGAGCAAAAAGGGUGGCCAACAAGGGAAUGUGAUACUCAAAAUAGUAACGCAUCUCAGAGUUGUACAGGGGCAAAGGUUUCAUUACAAGUUUGGCUUCAGGACUUUAAAGGUUUCUGCAAGGGAAAGGAAAGUAUUGGGGCAAAGGAAAGCUCACAAGGUCCCCCUGGUAAAAAGAGAAAGAAAAAUCCCCCGAAAGGAUCUUCUAAAAGGGAGUUUAUAUCUGUGAACUUAGAAAGUAAAAACAAAUGCCUUGGAGUCAGUAAAGGCAGCGCUUGUUUGUCAGAAGUGUCUGCUACAACUGCGCGCUCAUCGGCAUUAGCUUUAAAUCUUCAAAGUGAAUCUAACGAACAGAUCAUCACAUCUAUGGUCACAUCUAACAACGUUGAAAUGAGAACUGAAUCGGUUUCUGUUAGUCAUACACAAGGUGAUUUAGACAAGAAUACAAAUUAUUCUAAUAGUGCAGAUAAUGCCUCUGAAAAGAGGGCUUUGUCGCUUGAUUAUCCCAAUGAUGUAAAUGAACGAAUUCCAGACAAAAAGCCGAGGCAUGAGCUCGAAUGUGAGUCUAAAUCUGAUGCAAUCGAAGAGUCGAGAUGUUCGACCAGCAGUGAUUGGGACAAGAGCGAGGAUUUGCCUUUGAUGGCUAACGUUGACGAAGUUCGUGUGAACCACUACAUCUUAGACUUGACUGUCAAAUUUCGUGAGCAAAUCAUGAAAGGUAGUAUUGUACUAUUUAUUGAACCUACAACUGAAGAAGUUACAGGAAGGCAGUUUCAAAUGUCGUUGGACAGCACCUUGGUGAACAUUGAAUCAGUGAGUGAGGUAGUUCUUCCUGACGACUUCAAAUUGACAUUUAAUCGUCAAGAACAGAGCACAGCUUUUGCUGAUAAAACAUCCAGAUUUCUUGGUGAUAUCCUGGGUCACAACACUCAGACCCCCUUGCCUUUCAAGGGACUGUCCUACUCCGUGUAUGGGUGGUGUGUUCAGAUUUGGAAACCUAAAGCGACUGGGAAGGCUUGGCCCCGUUGCAUAUGGAUUAAUUAUCAUACCAGCCCUGAAGGAAAGUCACUGACUUGGGCCACUGAUCAAGAUGGCAAGUAAGUCCACAAGCAAAUGGCCAAUUUACAUGGCACAAAUUUGUCACAUGUGAUGCGCUAACGAUAAAUCUACCCCGGUGUGGUAUCUCGUAAAUCAAACUUACGACGAUCGCAAGUCAGUGGUGGGCUUGAUUUACAUGAUGAAAGCUCCUGUUUUAGGCUCAUCGUAAGAAUAUCACAUGCGACAGAGUUAUACCGUGCUAAUAGAUCCAUUCUUCUGCCAGUUGUUAAAAUAAAUGAUGGGUAAUGUGGAUCAGUAUUUGGGCCUCUCUAUUGGCACCUUUGGACGUCGUUUUCGUCGCGCGUUUUCCAUCAGCAUGUAUUUUUUCCAUUAGCGCGUUUUCCAGCAGAAUAGUUUUUCAGUUUUCACGGCUUAACUUUGUCAGUUAAUUUAAUUUGCAGACGUCACGGUUCGAUUUUUGUCAGAAACGUUGUUAAAUCAUUUGAAACUUUGUGACCUCGUCGUGUCUGGUUGAUUUUUCUGAUAUAGCGGUCGUCGAAUGUUCGAUUUUGUCAAAUAAAUAGAGCCCCUAGUUUCAUUUCUUGAUAUAGAGUUUCAUAAAUUUGAAAGCUCUUUGAGUACUGUAAAUGGAUUGUGAAGGAGUUCUCUAUAAAAACCAAAGGCAACAACAUGCGAAUAGUUAGUUUCAUUUCUUGACAGCCUGCGUGCUGGAAAUAGAACACGUCUGCAGGCAGGCUAAUUUCUUGAUCGAUACUAUCGUUCUCUCGUGCCAGACCAUGUGUGUACUCUCCUGGUGCCUACAUCAACAACCGAUCACUGAUGCCGUGUCAAGAGCCUCCGCUUGCCAUGUCAACGUGGCAGGCGUCCAUUCACGUCCCUGAAGGUUGUGUUGUGUUGAUGAGUGGUAACGAACUCGUCGGCAUAACUGCUGCAAAAGACGGUCAAGGUAAGGGAAUUGGUCACCCACGCUUUUCUGUAUUUAUGAAUUGAUCACUACAUACGCUACUGCAUUAUGAAUUGAUCGGCACACACGCUUCUGUGAUUAUAUUUCUCCAAUAAAUGAUCGACGUUUCAGAUUUUGUUAACGUAUUAAAGGGGCUUUGUCACGAGGAUAUCGCUGUUUAGGUCAAUUAGAGCGAUUUUCGUAUGACCUUGAAAUAAAAACGCGCGAACAAUAUAGAAACAACAAACAAACAGAAAUAGAGCGAUCUGAUUGGUUUAUCGAACACAUACAAACGCGGGUGGCUUUUUAUUGGUUAAGCGAACACUCGGGUGAAAAAACUAGAUGCCCGAGAACUUUCUAGAAACCAACCCAUACUUUGCUUUGACGUCAUACUACAACGCGAUUGGCCAAUCGAACAAUGCCUACUCCAUAUUAGGGUUUUCUUUGGCGAGAAAACGAAGAGGCCAUGUUUUGAUCUUUUCAUCCAUUGGCUGAUAACACAAAUAACGAACACUUACAGAAACCAUUUUCAAGGUCAUACGAAAAUCGCUCCAACCGACUAUAGGAAACAGUUUCAAUGUCUAAAUGUAGUAUUUAAUAAAUAACAAAUCUGGAUCACUAUUUUUGUAAUGUAAUUUAAGCAAAGACACAUUUUAGCUUUUCAAAAACAAAGCAAAUAGUUUGACAUCGUUCCUUUAUCACAACGUGAUUUGUUGCAAGACAGGAUUGGACGUAAGUAGUAAAACGCGCAACAUUUCUUUUCAGCUCGUUUUGCAGUAAUGUUGCAAACAAAUUGCAAGGUUUUUGCCACUUUUACGCUCAUGUUCUUGACUUGCUUGUUUGUUUGUUUUUGGCUUCACAGUAACCUAUUUGUAUGAGAUGGAAACUCCGCUGCCCUGUUCAACACUGGCUGUGGCAGCAGGAUGGUGGGAAUGUCGACCGUCCAGACUUGCUGUCACCAAAAAUGGCGACAAUCCUAGCUUACCGGUCACGUGUCGUAUGUUUGCGCCUCCCAGCGUGAUUGAGAGGGCAGCUGACGAGUUGCUAGGUUACGCACCCAAGUUUGUGGAAGCUGCUUGCGAACUGUUGGGGCCCUAUCCGUUUAGACGCUUGGACAUGUUAAUUUUACCCAAGUGCUUUGCCUGCAUGGGUUUAAAAAGGUAGUUUUAGUUACUAGUGCAAAACUGCUUAUCAUAAUUCCCUAAGGUUAUGUUCACAAUAUCCGGUAUAGAAUGAAGAGCAACGGCACAGAACUGGAACAAGUCGUUCACUCACAUCGAAGAUCGUUCCGGAGCGGUUGCAGUGGCGGAUCCAGGGAAGGGGCCCCGGGGGGCCCGGCUCCCCCUUAUCUUUUAGAGCAAACUGAGGUCCGAAGGGCCGACAAAAAUUUUUGGAAGACCGGUCCCCCCCCCCUAUCUGAAGAGCUGGAUCCGCCACUGGGGUUGGGUGGGAGGGUUUGAUGAUCCAAAUCCCAGUCUUCAAUCCUGAAUAUUUACGUCCGUCUUAGCUGGUUGUAAAUUGUAAUAAGGAAAAUACGUUUUUGAAUAGUCCUAGAAAGAACGACGUUCAAAGUUAUGGCAAGGGGUGUGAACAGAAGCCCUAUCUGGUAUGGUUUCCAUGCCCGCUAUCCGGUGCUUCUGAAAUCCGGUGCCCGCUAUCCGUGCCCGCUAUCAGGUAUAGUGACCCUCUAUUAGGGAUCGUCGAGUGCGCGUAUAAGAAUUAAAACCGCGGGAGAUUUAGUGAGUCAAGAGUCAUGCCAGGCAACGAUAAUGCUUUGUAUUUUAGGGAGAGUUUAGUGAAGGCCUAUUCCUCUUUUGUCUCAUGUAAUUACGUUGUCGUUCGCCAUUUGUGAAAUUACAGCCCCAACCUGACAUUUCUGUCCCAGUCCCUUCUCUCCGAAGAUGCUAGCAUGAGGGUACGUUUGGCUCACGAGAUCUCGCAUGCCUGGUUUGGUCUGCUGGUUGGCGCGAAGGACUGGAGCGAAGAAUGGCUCUCUGAGGGUUUCGCGACAUUCAUAGAGGAAAAGAUCCAAUCCAGAGCCGAGAGGGUGAGUGCGUGUUUUCUAUAUUGAUAUAUUAAUUGGGAUCAUUGGCAACGUUAGGCCAACUGGCUUGUUGCCUGCGAGCAAGCUCUUUAUAUGGAAGUCGCGAGAAUCGAAGGUUACGUGCUGGCCAACAGCACUGUGGUAAUCCUUGGUCAGUUACUGCGUGAGGUUCCGAGUUGUGACCUCCCAUCCGUGUUUUGACUUCUGUCCUUUCCGUGUAGAUUUAAGCAGCUUAAAAUACCCGUAAAACGGCUCAUUGAUGGAGGGAAGGGGUGGGGGCAGAAUAAACGCACCGUUGUCAGUCUAAUGAGUACUGUUACGAACACAGGUGGCCUAAGCUCGAAAAAAAUGACCAUCGGCACUGUUGCGUAACGUUCAAAAUAUAAGGAUUUGUGUGGGAGAAAAAAAAAACAAUUGUUUCUGUACCCUACGAAAGGAGGAAAAACCGGCUUACCUUGCUUAAGUUGUGUGUUUCUUCUUUCCUGUGUGAUUUCCGAGCCGAUUUAUGGCCAUUUAGAGAGAGCAAACGGGUUCCAGUAACACCCAUUAAAUGGCCAUAAAUCGGCUCGGAAACCACACAGGAAAGAAGAAACACAACAUAAGCAAGGUUAGCCGAUUUUUAUUGAAAUCCUUUUUCGUUCGUAGGCUACAGAAACAAUUUUUUUUCUCCCAUAUCCUUAUAUUUUGAACGUACGUAACAGUGCCGAUUGUCAUAUUUCGAGCUUGGGCUACCUGUGCGUAAAAUAAGGAUCGUUACCUUCUUUACACCUUUUAGCAAGAGUGAAGCUAAAAGCACGCUCUUCUUGUGCCUCGCAUCGCUCGCUGCAUAUUCGUGACCCUUCUCUUCUCGCGAUUCUCAGAGGAAGAGCUUGUUGUUAAAUGAUGUGCUUGCUUACAUGCUAACCGGUACAGAAAAUGCGUUGGAAACCCCUGUAGGAAUACUUUACUGCACAUGUUGUCUUGAGCCCCGGGGGGAGCUACCCAAAGAAGUUUUAUACGGGAGGACUCCGCCGAGAGAUCCACUCCUUACCCUUUAGUAUACCAUUUCCUGAGAGAAAAGGUACCCCUUUCGUAUACCUUCUAUUGACAAAUGGCACCCCUUUCACAUACUUAGUUAAAAACUUUGCAUCCCUUUUAACUGCUAAAAUGCACUGACUUUUAAAUUUGAAUAAAUCACAAACCAGAAAGUUUCUUCGACUUUUUCACAGUCGAGGAACGGUGCUACUGUUCAACAGGUUUUGAUUUUAAAACUUGCCUUCGGGCCCGAUAAGUUAGCGGGCCUUUCGAGAAACAGGCACCAGGGCCUAGAAAAGGUACCGAAUUCCGAAAAUAAGCCCCUCUAUGUAUAAGGCCCUCAGUGUUCCAGCCAGAACUUUCUGCGUGAGGGCCAAAGUGGCCCCUACAGCCCAUUUUUUGGGGCCAGAUAUUUCAAGAAAGGGCCAAUGUACCAGUAUCUUUCUAAUAUGCAAAAGAGAAGAAACACUUGGAAAGUUAACGAAAUGAAAAUGGUAGUUUAUUUGAAGCUGACAUGGAGCAUCCCUCUUUAUACACAAUAGAGGAAAUCAUCGGUAAUAAAGCAAACAGUACGAUCAGAAUAUAUGCAAUAAAUCUAGUAAGUAAUUUUUUUCAUCUCAUUUUCCACUUCACCGUCAAGAUCUGCUUCCUUUCGCUUCUUCUGAACUGCUUCGCCUCCAUCCACUUUUUCGUUAGUUACUGAGAAAAAACUUUCGAUAGACCUCGAAAAUGCGUUUGUCCGGUUCGUCCUUUUUCGAAACGCCAUGAUGGAUACCCAUCACCUCCUGCGAUAUUACAAAAGCCAAGUCGAGGCUCAGUGGUCUCCAGACCACUCACGGUAAAUCAGGUAAACUCAAGAAGAUUCAUCGAUUGAUUUUCAUGUUGUCUACAAAGGUACAGAGUCGUUGUUCUUUAGAUUAAAAAUUCUGUUUUAUCGGAAAAUUAUUGUAGUUGAAGGAACAGAGACAUUUUUAAGCCCAGGGAAUUAAAGAAGGAAAGGGCCAUAAUGGCCUUUGAACGCUUUUGGUGGGGGCCGUCUCUCGAUCUUUUGCGGGAUUCACGCAAUGGCGCACUCUGGCUGGAACACUGAGGUCCUCCAAAUAUAAGCCCCCUAAACUGGUAACGCAAAAAACCCUCCUUUAAAUCGCCCCUCCAAAUAUAAGCCCUCCGGGGGCUUGUACAUGGAAAAUUGCCCUCAAAUAUACAAAGUAAAACAAAGCAAAAACGGUUAAGUUACUUCCAACUAUAAAGCUAGCCCAAUCGAUUUAGAAACUCAAAUUUCCCUCCGUAGAUAAGCCACCUCAAAAAUAAGCCCCCCAAAAAGGGCUUUUGAAAAAUAUAAGACCCGGGGCUUAUUUUCGGAAUUUUACGGUACCCCAUUUGAAGAAGACACCCCGUAUCGUCAAUUAUUACAAUUACGCCCGUGGACUACCCUGCGAGCAGUGGUUUGUUAAGGCCGGACACUACGCUGCGAAGGGUAAGAAACCACUGCAAGCAACAAUGAUAAAAACUUUAUAAUAGUAAAAAAGAUAUCCUAAAUAAAAUACCACUGCAAACAACUGUUUGCUUCUUUGAUCGAGCCGCCGUCCAGCGCCACGGACGAAUAAAUUAACUUUGGAAAGGUAAAACUUGUAAUCAAGUUAAGGCUCUCGCGCAUUUGCUUACGUUUGUAUCUCUUGCCUAAACUCGAGCCUGCUGUAAAGCUAAGCUCUUUCAGUCUUUAUCGCGAUUAUUGGUACCCGCUUUGUGAAAUGUAGUCGAACCAAACUGGAGUUGAAUUCCUAUAGGGACGAUAUCCAGGCUCAGAAAGACAAAUAAAAUUUCGCCUUUGCUUGUUUAGGUUCUCCAUAAAACACUAAACUGGACAUUGUCAGUCCGUAGUCGUGCAAAAACGGCAAAGAAAUGUACAAAAAGUGUGAUGCACGUGCAAAGUUGUUGUAUUGCUUUUUAAACCUACUGUUUUUUUUUUGGAAAGUCCCUUAUUUUUCUUGCAAAACAGGGGAAAGUAAUGUCAUUUGACAUUUUGACGUAGGCGUCACGUGGGCGCGUAUGUUCGAUGGAAAAGCAAACGGUUGCUCGCAAUGGUUUCUCGCCCUUCGUAGCGUAGCGUCCGGUCUGGAGAAACCACGGCUCGUAGGGUACCCGUAGGCUUGUACGUACUGAUGAUGUUCCUCAAUUUUUUGUUUUCUUGUCCAGUGGUCCAAGGACAAAGACAGAUUUUAUCGUGAAAUGAGACAGACUCUCAGAUACCGAUGUCUUUUGUUUGAAAUCAAGGAGUGUGACGACAACCUUAAAUUUCUGCGGUAGGCUUAAAACGUUAACACCUUGAGCCCUAAUAUGGACAUACAAAUUCUCUAGACUGAUCUGUAUACAUUCCCUUAGAGAAUUAGUUUAGAAAAUUUGUUUGAGAUCAAAAUAUUUUUCCUUAAGUAAUCAUUUCAUAAAUUCUCCUUAUCUUACCUCUUGAGUAUGUAUCGAUAUUGUUACGAGAAAAUUGAUGUUGGUCACUCUUGGGGCUUAAAGAGUUAAUAGUAAAGGAACCAAGUGCUGUCAAGUAUAUAAUCUAAGUACGUUCAUAGUUACUGUAUUUAUUCGAAUAAGCGCCUAACCUCGAAUUAGCGCCCACCUCGAAUAAGUGCCCAUCCAAAAGGCAGAAAAGUUAAUAAGCGCCCAGCCUCGAAUAAGCACCCAUCCCCACCCCAUCCACUUGAGUGACAAUGAGAUUGAAAUUGACAUUGAAUAAGUACUAAGAAGAGACUUCCCCGAGGAGGGAGUUUUCUUCAGAGUAAUUUACAGAAAUCUUGCUUUGUUACAUCUUCGCAUCUUGUUACUACCAUUUGUUGUUUUGUUGCAAAAUAAACAUUCUACAAAAAUUUAAUAAGCGCCUAGGGCGGUUAAUCGAGUAAAUACGGAAAUUAAAGUGGAAUGGUUGGGAAAACCCUUUGUUAUAUCUUUUUGUUAGCUUUUUUGGACCUGACCGUGCACAACGUUCAAUAGCAUUCCUAUCAUUUUGAAGUUAUUGACCAAUGGAAACAUUUCACUAAUUUAUUCAGGCAUAAUUUGUUAACAGAAAACAAAGGAUUGUGCACCGUCAGGGAGCUUCCAACAUAACCUACAGCACCAUUGUUUUCAACUUUGAUGUUUGCCGGGUUUCCUAACCAGCUCCUCUACUAUGGUCCGUUUGAGUACUCGUGACGCUUCUAAACCCUCUCCUAAUUACCACCUCUACCUUUAUUACAUGUGCAGUGUUUGAAGGCCGGGUUGCACCGGGCGACAUUUCCCGGGGGAAUAUAAUGCCCGGACAGGUUGCAGGGAUAUUGUUUUUGAAUUUCUCUCGGACUCCACUACCUGUUGCGGACGGCCGAAUUUGGUAAACAGAAAAGAGAAUAAACAAAGUCGCAUUAAUUUCUCUGCGUUAUUUUAUAUGGGUACCUUCCUUCACUAUGAGGUAAAAGACUUUACAGACUGAAUUUGUUAUGUUUAUUUAUCAUUAUUGCAGGCCCAAAGUGGUUAAGCCACCUACAGGUGAGGACAGUGUUUAUCUGAAUUGUUAUGUGAUAAAAAUUAAGAACGUUAGCUUUUUUUGCGCUUCGCUGUGAAUAAGUCACAAAGCACAGUUACCCACUAUGUGGCCUUUGUUCAGCCGUCCUAUGCCGUCCCUUCACUCAAACAAAAUUGGCAGGAGAGACUUUCUCCCCGAUUUUGUUUGAGGGAAAGGGGCGCAGGACACAGACUAGUCACAAUGAAACAGAUGUAUAAGAGCGUGUGCGACUCAUCCAACGCCCUCUCCUUCCAGCUUGCUAGCUACUACUAUUAAUCCUGAGACAUAUUGUUUUUCAUUUUCAACGUCUGGAGAAAUUCAAGACCGACAUUUGUGCUCUGACUGGACCUCUGGGCCUCCGGAUUAUAAUUGCAGCGCUCUAACCACUCUGCCCGCCUUGCUACCUUCUCAUUCACUGUAGGGUACGACACAUUAUUUUCACUAGAGCGAUUUUCGUAUGACCUUGAAAUGAAAACGCGCGAACAAAACAGAAACAACAAACGAACGGAAAUAGAGCGAUUUGAUUGGUUAAUCGAACGGACACAGCCGAGAACUUUCUAGAAAUUAACCGAUACUUCGCUUUGACGUCAUACUGCAACACGAUUGGCCAAAAGGAACAAUGCCUUCUCCAUAUUAGGGUUUUCUUUGGCGGGAAAACAAAGAGAACAUGUUUUGAUCUUUUCAUCCAUUGGCUGAUAAAACUAAUAACGAACACUUACCGAAACCAUUUUUCAACGCCAUACGAAAAUCGCUCUAUCCACUUUUCUGUAAUCCUUUACAGCUCUUACUACCGCUGAAGCAAUCGAGAAGAGCGCAGGUCAGUCGGAUGCUGUUAGGCCUCACACUGUCGUGCAGUUCGGACAAAUCUGCUCCAGAAAAUGGACACAAGUUCACUACCUAAAGGUAGGUGUCACUUAUUGUAAUUUUUAUUAUCCUCAUUUGUAAACAUUUUAGGGGUAUUAGGCGCUCUUUUGUUUCUGUACCUGGAUCCACCACUGGUCGAAAAAUUUGAUCAUUCGGGAUGCACUUUAUUGACAAGAAUUUCAAGCAAACAUUUUGAUGUUUUUUGAGAAUACACGAAGAAGUUAAAGUUAAAUCUCGUCCUCGCAGUCGUCUUCGUCCUCGUCUUUGUCCUCGAAUCUACUGAAACUGAGGUCUCUAAUGUGCGUCCAGUGGUAACCGUUUCUGCGGAGUGUGUCGUUUUUCUUCUUUGGAUGUCGUUUAUUUUCAGUUACGAUGUCCCUCAUUUUCUUUGUUGUUACACACGAGCCGCGACGCUAGGAAAAUGACUUCAUGAUUUCGUUUUAUUCCAACUAUUCUGCUCCUUGAAGCGGAGUGUCAAGAAUAUAUCCCACUUCUCCCGGAACUGGAAUAGCAGGUCAAACGAGCAGAUAUUUCGAAUUGUUCUAUGUCUUCCUAUUCUAGAAUAAGGUCAAUUGAGCGUACUCUGUCGUAAAGAAAUCAACUCAUGCUGCUUGUUUUGUGGAUCCCUUUGUUAACCCUAAUUACCACCACCGUAAAAAGAGUUUCAAAAGGUGACGUCUCCAGUGUCAGUCCUUCGCCGUUAUUGGCUCUGACGAAAUACAAAAGACCGAAAAGACACUGAACAAUACCACACAACGCAAACAAAAUAACCAACUAACAGAAACACCAAUUUUUUAACCCUUUCACUGCCAAGUUUAGCCAAAAGUAAGCUUCGACCAACUUUCCAAAUUUUAUUUUGUGAAAUUUUGAAAAACAAGUAGCACCAUGUGUAAGUACAGGCAGAGAGCUUUCAUUUGAAAGGUUACAUCAUAGGAUUUUGUCCGCAGACUCAAAAGUUAGAGUCACAUUACAAAACUCGAUCAAGCACUCUGGCAGUGAAAGGGUUAACUUAAAAAAUAUUAGAAAGACGAUAGAUUUUAAGCUCGGUGAAGAAAAGAGAAAUGAUGUGAUCAACAUGUCACGAGCACGGGACAGAGAAAAAAUUCUGAGUCCCCGACAGAAAUAGAACCUAUGACCUUCUGUAUACCGGUCUUAUGCUCUCACUACUGAGCUACGAAGGACUCGUGACGAGCUGGACUAUAUACAAGGUUUCUCUGUCUUGUCCUCGUGGCAUGUUGAUCACAUCAUUUCUCACUUUUCACCCAGCUUUAAAUUUACCAUCUUUAUUUAUCACACACAUGACGAUUGUAUUUUACCCAGCUUGCCACGAGUCCUCCCUAGCUCAGUGGUUAGAGCAUCUGACCCGUGUCAAAAAGGUCAUAAAUUCAAUUCCUGUCGGGCACUCAGAUUUUUUCUCGUUCUCGUGCUCGUGCAUGCAUGUUGAUCACAUCAUCGUCAUUUCUCACCAACUUUUUAGUAGGUGGAGUCCUGUCUUGUCACCAUUCAAAUGAAACCUCUUCAGCAGUACUUUCACACGGUACUAUUUACCUAGUAUGUAGCCCUAACCUUUGAAACUGUGGAUGAAAUCUUAUAGUGUUACCAUUCAAAUUUAACCUCUUCAGCAGUUCUUUCACAUAGCACUAUUAUUUAGUAUGUAGUCCUAACUUUUGAAACUUGGGAUGAAAUCCUAUGUUGCUACCAUUCAAUGAAACCUCUCUGGUAGAACUAUUGUAUGGUGCUAUUUAUUUCUUAGGAUUUCCCAAAAGACACAUUUAAUUUUUUUUAGUGGUUUUCCAUUUUGGUCACUGUAAGCUUUAAUUUAACCUUAUCUAUGCUCAGAAGUAGAGAAAAGCUGUUGCGGCCUUCGUUUUCUUGUCAGUUAACGCUUGUAUUAGGAGACGCGCUAGGAGAAGAACAGUCAAUUCCAGUCGUGAAACGCAAAUUUUGUGCAUUCGCUUUUUGCGGCUAACAAUUAAGAUGUUUCGAUACAGUUUCUCGGAGACUAUACUGAUUUGAGUCAUUUAGAACUUUUUUAUUGAACAAUUAAUCUCGGCUAUUGAAAAUAUAAGGUUUGAUAUAUAUUUAUGUUUUAUUUGAAUUCAAACAUACAGAAUUUUUUACUUCUCACAGAGGGUUUUUGCUAAACACCACACUUUAAGUUCCUGGUGUCGGAUUUUCAGGAGCAGGUGAAGAUCGCGCGAAAUUCGCAUUAAAGCGAUUUCAAAGUUUUUUUGUUUAUUGUUGUCAUAGUGAUAUCGAUUUUACUAGAAACUGCAUUUUGACAAUUUUCAAUUCAUAGUCAAUCACUGGUGAAAAUCUUGUGGCGAUCGGACCAGGAUAAAAUCAAUUUUAAGGGGGUUGAAAAACAUCGGUAUAGUCUCCAAGAAACUCUAUCGAAACACAUUAACAAGUAUCUAAGCGCUGAGUAGGCGUGUUGACAAUGAUGCCAAGGUUACUUGUCAACGACCAGUUAAGGCGCAACUCGUCGACUGAUGCAAAACUGAAAAUGAGACGAGUGAAAAAUCCCUAUCCGGCUUAGAGAAUUGUCCAAAGUCUUUCCGACUCAUUUCUUUUAACCAAGAGGACGUGAUGGAGAAACUGCCUUUCUAUAAUUGGGGUAAAAACCCCUUUAGACUCGCUAUUUUUACCCCCGUCAAGGUUUGAGCAAAGCAUUUCAGAAAGGCAUUUGAUAGCCAUGGCUUCUUUUGAUAUAUUCUAAAUUGAUUCUGCUCUGCACGCGUAACAAAUCAAGAGCCUCACUUGUUAUUAGUGGAGCCAAUUUCCUAUGCCCUUUAUCUUCGUGUGAAUGUAUUUAGCACGAAAGUGCCAAUUGAGGACACCAUUUUUACGUCUCUUUCUAGAGACGAGACGGCCAUUUUACGUGGUGAAAUGAGCCACGCGAAGGUCUAGCUUUUUGCAGGGCAAAGGCAGUAGUUUCAUUUCUCAAUUAUUUUAAGACCUUGAGUAUUGUUCCGGCCCCCCAAAUCAAACCCACGACCUCCCGCUCUGUAGUCGAACUCUCUAUCGACUGAGCUAAUCCUGUUGCGAAGCUUAAAGAACAAACUUUUAAAGAAAUCUUGGGAGUCAUGCUCUAAAGUUUUCAAGUUUUAUUAAGUACCCAUUCCGCUAAUGUUUAAGGGACGUUUCGUUUUUUUUUUGCACACUCCAUGCUCCUCCUUGGUACUAGACUUCACCGGGUCGAGCUGUGAAGAGCAAAUAUAAAGAAAUCGUUAAUGUGUACGUAACGUCUUUGCUGAGCUACUCUAGCAAUAGUCACAUGUUACGUGAAGGGUAAAGUUAUAUGCACUUCUCGAAGAGCAAUAAACAUCACGAUGGCAAAGAGACCUAGGUUUUAUCUCGCGCGCGUAUUCAUAGACUACGGUUUGAAGAAGCCAUUCCUCCCAGUCCUUACCACUGCGAAACGCUGCCUCCUGCUUGAAAGGCGCAUGGCAGAGAAAAGACCCUAACACACGCUUAAAUAUUACUUGCGCAGUCUAAUUUGUCUCUUGUGUCUACCCCUGAAUUUGUUGUACGCAAUAGAAAAGCGUUGAAAAAUCCUUUACUUCUUUAAAAUUUGCAAGCAAUGGCGUGGCGCAACUUUCAAUAUUCAGUCAAUCAACUUUAGUAUUCAAAUUUAACCGCUGUCCUAAAAUAUUCCCGGUCACUCGCUUGAUAGCCGCUGGAAAAAUGUUGCGUGCACCUGAUGUUGCCCCAAAUGUUGGAAGUUGAAGUUUUGUCGAGUCAAACCACGGCUUGGCCGAUUAUGUAUUGUCCUUGUAAGGCAUACACGAAAUUCUUCCAAAUGUUCACCGAGACAAGUGGCUUCUUUACCUCUUAUUUGGCUACGAGCUUGAUAUGCCCAAACUGCAGGCAAUUUUGUUCAGCAAAAAAUAAAUAAAUAAAAAAAUUAAUAAAAUAGUGAUAAUAAAAACACGGUAUUUGUACUUGCCAUCCCGCCGCGGAGGACUAUGCAGUAAGUGCCUCUUCAAAUGCCUGCUCGUCUUCAGCAAGUGCUGCGGCUGUUUGAUUCGAAGAUGCUGUAGUUGGUGCAGCAGUUGUCCCAUUAGAAGACACUUCAGUUGGUUCAACAGUCGUUUCAUUAGAAGGUGCUGUAGGUGGUGCUUUCGUGGGUAGUUUGCCUUCAAAACACCAGGGAACGUUAGGAACCGUACUUUCAACCCAGCAGCAGUCGUUCUCGACUUCACAUUCGUAGCGUUGAAUUCCAAAAUAGCCACAGUCCUCUCGCUCUUCAGGCUUGAUUCCGUAGCACUUGUUGUCUGCGAGAAAAAGCAAAAAAACGAGAUUCGCCAACGCAAGAAAUUAGAUGCUUUUGCAUAUUUUAUGAUUGCAAAAUGUAAGAAUUGCCAUAGGUAAUUUUUUUAACGUAGCCGGCUGAAGUGUUCUUCAGUUUUUUCUCUUUUUAUCGACUAAGAUUAGUCGGCGGAAGUUGUUAAGUAUUGGAUCUCCUGUGAUAUUUUACCCCGCGUUUCGAUUAUAAUUUGUCAUAAAUAAAUUGCGCACAACGAGAUCUCAGUUCCACUUCCCUUGUUUCCUCUUCAAAAACACUUCCCUUGUGGACAGUUAACUUCACACCUUCUCCAGCAGAUGAAUAACAUCAGUACACUCCCUUACAAAACUUGCUGAAAAUGCACAAUCUCCACAACAUCGCAACAUAAGCUUGAGGAAAACAAUAACACACAAUACUAAAACAAGUAAAAAAAACCUACUCUUCCAAACAAAACUAAAAGAAGAACAAUGAUGAUGAUGCUUAUCAGAACGGUUACGAAACCAAGGUAACUGCGUUUUGCUUCUCCUUGUUGACUCCGAAUCGCUUCGUCUACACGCAACGCAAACGACUGUACCUUACCCUCGAUCUUCCUGUUUCGAAUCACUCUUGCUGCAAUAGUCUCCAGUAAUCGAAAUCUCUUCGCUCUCAAACUUUAUCCACAUUUCUGACCGCAAAAUGUUUUCCAUGAAGGCAUAUAACUUUUGUAAUCUUGACUUUCUUAAAGCUGAUUUCGAGAUAUUUCGAACAACUUCCGGGGUCACUUCGGAAGCAAACUGCAAGUUUACGACCUUCUUCAGCGUCCCAAAUCCUUUAAUACUUUGCGCUCCGCCUCAAAUAUUUAUUGAAGCCGAAAGAACUAGAAGUGAUCUCGCGAUAUCUCCAACUCAUUACAGCGUCACUAUGUCAAAUACCCACGAAACAAGCCGACAAGUAACAAACUUGCCUGCCGAAUCUUUUCUCGUGCAUCGUGCAUAACUUAUGGCUAUUUUUCACAUCUCAUAUUACCUUGCGUCGCAGUGGCGCAAUCGGCUAAUCCCUCAAUUUAGAGUGUCAUCCGAUAUGACGGGUCACACGUAAACCGGUUUAAACCCUAAGCAAGCCAAAAUCAUAAUUCUUUCUUCCACGAAUAAAUUAAAUAAUAAAUCAGAGAACUCGAAGUGAUCUCGAGAUAUCCCGAAGUAAUUCGGCCCUCACUUCGUCAUAUAGCCGAUCCAGACCGAAGACCUUCGGACUUUGCGUGCCCAAUCUUGUCCCAAAAAAAGCAACUUUGGGACAUUCCUGGGCGUCGCGAAUGCUUUACUUCGCGCUCCGCCGAAGUAUCGAGAAGUAAAAUACCUCACUUCUACUUGACGUCGUGCGUUGCUCAAAAACGUCUUUGCUUAAGCUCCCUAGUAUGGCCGCCGUGACGUCAUGUGAAAACGCCGUAUAAGCGGAAGGUCGAAAUCGAACCCUCUUUACCAAGCGCACGUCUAUUAGGCCUGGGUUCGAAACUGUAUCCUAGCAACAUGCACCAUUUCUUUAAAUUUAGAUUCUGUUGGCAGGGUGGCGAAAAGUGUUCUUAAGCUUAAUGAUACCCACCACUUAAGCUUUUUUCACAUCGAUAUUGUACUUUUUUUCAGCUCCCAAGAAUUGCCCUUUCGAAGCUCAUUCCCAAAAUGGCCACAAUAAGAUUUCUAUCGUGAAGAUGCCUCCAACACAAAUUUUGUCUUCGCAACUUCCCGAAACUAGACAGCUUUAGAUUCUAAGACGAGGACGACUACGAGAACGAGAUUUCCUCAAUACUACGGAGUGCGCGCGCGAACCAACGUCGUUUUGGCGGGAAAAUGUGUUACCCAUCGUUAUUCUACAACGAGUUUUAGUGAGAAUGAGUCGUAGUGGCGAAAACAAGUCAUCAAAUGUUAGGAAUUUUAUCAUUUAGUGCCGAUCGGAAGAGGGCUUAACCUCCUUCAACGGAAAUAAGCGAGCUAGCUUUGGUGGUGAAAAAAAAAAAAGUACAAUGAAGCUUUCCGGGGUGCUUAUUUUUAAAGAACAGGGAAGAAAACUUAGAACUAAAUUUUGACCUCGUAGUCGUCCUCGUCCUCGAAUCUAAAGCUCUCUAUUAUUGUACCUAAGUCCCCCUCGACCACCCUGCCCCUCUCCCUUGCUAUCACCACGAGUAUUCCUUCUUCUACAUUCUUUAUUGUUGCUGUUAAUUGGUUUAGCACUAACCUGUGGGAUAGAAGCACCAUAAUGCGUACGCGUAAUCCUCGUCCCAGCAACAAUUUCUACCCUCACAUGUCUCCUCAUCAAUGCCAUACCACCCGCAGUCAGUACGGUCAUCGGGAUCAACAGAACAUGUAUCUAAUUUUUCAAAGGCGAAAUUGUGUUGUUGUUAUAAGUGUCAAACGUUAGACUUCGAAACUGGAAAAAUUGAAAAGAAGGCGAAUACUGUUAUAAAAAGCGAGUGUCUUACCUGCGAAAGUGUAUCCUGUGAAUGUAGAGCAGAACUUUUGUUAGUCUCUUUUUAAAAAGUCAUAAACAGGUUUUGUUCCUUGCCUCUUAGUACUUACUUUUGGCAGGUUUUAAUAUUCGGUAAAUUUUGCAUCUGACUGAAAAUCUCAAUAACAGACACCCGCGCGUCUUUCAAAAUUAGCUCCUGCCACAAUCCAAAAUGUUUUUGCGAAGCACAGUAUGUUGCAUCCAAACACUGCCAGCUCUUGAGAAAGAGUCCAGAAACGUCAAAGUAGGUAGGAAAAUUCAGCACUGACUUAGUACACGGUUUCAGAAUCGAGUGGAAUGUCAUUAAGGUGUUUCGAUACAGUUUUUCAGAGACCAUACCGAUGUUUUUCAAUCGCCUUAAGAGUGAUUUUGUUCUUGCCCGAUCGCUACAAACUUUUGACCAGUGAUUGACUAUGAAUUGAGGUUUGUCAAAAUGCAGUUUUUAGUAAAAUCGAUAUCACUAUGACAACAAUAAACAAAAAACUUCAAAUCGAUAAAAUCCGAAUUUUGCGCGAUCUAGAUCUGCUACAGAAAAACUGAUUCCAGGAGCUUAUAGUGUGGUGUUUAGCAAAUAACCUCCGUGAGAAGUAAAAAAUUCUGUAUGUUUGAAUUCAAAUAAAACGCAAAUAUAUUUCAGACCUUACCAUUUCAAUAGCCGUGAUAACCUGUUUAAUGAAAAAAGUUUUAAAUAAUUCAAAUUAAUAUUAAGUAGCGCCAGAAGGCUGCUUAAUAUCAUAUUUCAGUGUUGGGGAACUUUGGUGUAUUUUCUUUCUUCCGAUCCUGAAAACUAGGAUGUUUUCUCACCACCUGUCUAAGUGCACUUUUACUCUAAAUUUUGACUUUUAGCGGUUUUCCGAAUACCUCUAAAACGGCUCGACAGAAUUCCUUUUAAACCUCGUCACAUAAUCUUCAUGAUGUAUAUCGUAAUGUCUCAAACUUUUAUCAAGAUUGAUUUACUGUAACACCUUGAAAAUUCAAGACGAACCUAGCCUACGAACCGGCCAAAAAUAAGCCUUACAACAUUCACUGUUUUGACGUUAUGCUAAUAUUUCCAAAUUAAUGCCCACCAUACAUAUCUCCAUGGCCAGUACAUUUUAAUGUGAAUAUUGUCAAUGUUUUUCAUUCAAAAUAUUCAAUAAAAUUCAUACUAAAGUGUACUAGCCAUGGAAGUAUAUAUGAUGGGCAUCAAUUUUGAAAAAUUGGCAUAACGUCAAAACAGUGAAUUUUUGGCCGGUUAGUAGGCUAGAUUUCUCUUGAAAUUUCAAGGCGUUACAGGGAAUCAAUCUUAAUGAAAGUUUCAGACAUUGUUAUAUACGUCAUAAAGAUUAGUUGACGAAGAUUAAGAAGCAUUCUGUAGAGCCGUUUUAGAGAUAUACAGAAAAGCGCUAAAAGUCACAAUUUAGAAUAAAGUUGUACUUGGACAGGUGGUGAGAAAACGGGUUAGUUUCCAGGAUCGGAAGAUAGAAAAUACACCAUAAUUUCUGAAGCUACCCAAGAUUAAUGUGAGGUACUUAGAACUUUUUUAUUAAACAUUUUAUCACGGCUACUGAAAAUAUAAGGUUUUAAAUAUAUUUUUGUUUUAUUUGAAUUCAACCAUACAGAUUUUUUUGCUUCUCACGGAGGUUAUUUGCUAAACACCACACUUUACGUUCCUGGAGUCGGAUUUUUAUUGGCAGGUCUAGAUCGCGCAAAAUUCGAAAAUUCAAAAUUUUAUUGAUUUCAAAGUUUUUUGUUUAUUGUUGUCAUAGUGAUAUCGAUUUUACUAACAACUGCAUUUUGAAAAACUUUAAGUCAUAGUCAAUCACUGGUGAAAAUUUUAAAGCGAUCGGAUAAGAGCAAAAUCACUCUUAACGCGAUUGAAAAACAUCGGUAUGGCCUCCGAAAAACUGUAUAGAAACACCUUAAAUACUGCAGAAUGAACAAAAAAGCCAAAAAGGUGCACGAAUGGGCCAAACGGACGAAGAUUACAGCGGAUUGCUUCCAGAAUAAAUUGACAAUAGCGCCCCCUUUUUAUAAAGCUUUGUGAUGUGAGAUCAAGGUAUAUGAUAGUGUGACAUGCAAUGCUCAAGAAACUUCUUUUCGGUUAUGUGGCGGUGAUUUGAUCUGUGAAAGAUGUUCUUAUCACUAAUUCAUCUUUAAAGCUUGUACUAAAUAACGAUAGUAUGUAGAUAUAUGAGCAGGCCUAAAAGCGGAGCUGUACAGUCUCCCAAAUUAUAGCUCGCAAUAAAUUUUAGCCCAUUACCGCCCAGCCAAUUUUCAACUAAACUUAUGCUAAAAAUUCAUAUCCCGUGGGACUCAAGACACCGUUUUUUUGAAUGACACUAAAUCUAGAUAACCACUGAAGACAGUAAUGGUUUUAGCUAUAUUUCUUAACGCCAUACAUUUAUUCUUUGUGAAUAAAUAAUUAUUAUUCAAUGUCAAAAGAUGAACAGUAAAAAUAGUGGUAAAAUAGUUAUCCACGGUGAAUAAAUACGUGGUAUUUUUUCUCUUUUAUUUCUAAUGGCCAAACAGUUGAUAAAAAUGAGUUUUUAAAGCACGUUUAAGUUGUCUGCAAAGUGCCUUUCACACACGACUCGAUGUUAAAUGCACUUCUAUUAAACAAAAGUAGAGAGCGGAACAAUUAGUCACACCCAAAUGAAUAAGGUGACAAAAUAAGCCCAAGUGUCUAGAUAUAGAUUCAGAAGGCCAGUUGUUACUUUUCGAAGUUUCACAAGGCCUUUUUUUAAACCUUUUUUUUAUUUUCUUUAGGUAAUUAGAACCCCCUCCCCCAAACAUCGGUUGUGCUACGCCUGUAAUCUUAGUUCACGGAGCACCGAACGGCAGAAUUCCAUGCAAGUUAAACUACAUUAGAUAUUUCAGCAUCACCAGAAGAAAUCAAGUACCGGUAUUUUCUUUUAAACCGCUUCCACUCCCAGAAGAGGCUAGUCAAGAAUUUGACCAAUUUACCAAAUUCCAUUUUGGGUAAUGAUCAAUAGCAAAUAGCACCAUGUUAAAUUACUGCGGCAGAGAAUUGAUUUGAUAACACCAUGACUUUUUCUUUGCAGACUCUGGAGUAUAAGGGUCGACAAAAGAUGUUAAUACAGGAAAAAUCUAUCUGUUUUCGUGAAGAGUGGGAGAGGUUGAAGUGAAAAAAGUACAUCACUUUACGACAUCCAUUGAGCAACCCUUUCGUUAGCCCUUUCACGCUCAAUUUGUCUUUUUUCCGCCAAGUUUUUACUACAGUUGAUCUCCAUCAAGCGGCCACCAUAGGGGUAACGGCUAGUGGCUGCUUAUUGGAGGUAUGCCGCUGAAUAAAGGCUCGUCAGAAGUUAACAUAACCUUUAGCAGAAACUUCGAUUUAUUCUGAAACCAACACCUUUAGAGUUUUCCGGCAACUUUCACCCAAGAGACAGCUCUAAUACUGAACAAAUCUACUAGACUAUCGUAACAAACAAGCACAUUCUUUUCACAAUACCCUGUUGAUGUUCUUCCUACUUUGCACGAAUCAUACUACACAGUAUAACUGUGCCGUAAACUUUAUAAUCGGACUAAGGCGGCAAUGUCUGUAACUUAAACGUUACAUUAGGGGUCCACAAUUAGUCAUCUGCUCCCUCUGACUGUAUGUUUCUUCCGCCUACUGUAUUCAAAUGAAAUCUCUUUGCCAAAACUUUUGCAUGCUGCUAUGCAAUUCUCACGAUUGUACAAAUAGCAAUUUGGAACUUAUUUGCCAAUUUUCGCUUUGCCUUCUUUACGAUCUGAAAGGGUUAACCUUACCUAUGCCCAAAAGUAGAAGCAGAACGGUUGUGACCUUCAUUUUCCUGUCAGAUAAAGCUUGGAUCAGACACAGACACGUUAUGGGAUGGAAGCCUUCGUACAAACAUUUAUAAUUAAUUGGUUGGCGGUUGCAUAAAAAUUGAUAACUAUGGGUACCAAAGUGUGUAAGUGGCAUCCAUGUGAUUGAAAUUAUCGAAAUUUAUGAAAAAAAAGAAAACAAGAACAUAAAUUCAAAGGGAUAUGAACGUUAGCGUCAAGUAAAUAAGAAAACUCCUAGUUUUCUUUCGCAUAAAUUCAACAGUGGAAUUAAGCUUUUAAGGUCAUUUUGUAGGGAUAUUAUGAAGUAAUUUUCUUAUUUCCCUAUUUAAUACAUUUUGUGGUUGUUUAAUCAGACUUAAGUAAUUUUAUGAAAGCAUUUCUUAUUUCUUUUCACAAAGUUCACCAACUUUCAAAGACUGGAUCUGUCGAUUUGUCAAAUGCCUUUCUGAAAUGUCAUACGGUUUCCCGCCAUUGCCCCUUAAGGCCACGUCGUCUGGGCAGAAUGCCACUUUACAUUUGAGUGUAAUAUUCACGCAUACGCCUGCGGUAUCCUUAAUAACUUCGAAAUGAAGAAUAAAGGUUUUCGCAGCUUUCUUUUUCUCCAUAGUUUAUUUGUGAGUAAAAAAAUGGGGUUCGAAAAAGAAGAAAGGGGUUCAUCAUAUUUCCUGAGGAACUUGGAGCUAAACAGUUGCUAUGCUUUGUCACACUUAAUUAUGCGUGAAUAAUGACUAAGUUUUUUAAUGAUUUUUAAAGCCAUCAUGAUGGAAUUUUGUGACAAGCCAAAGGAAUGCCUGCGUUGGGGGCAGUAUCCUUGUGGUUUUUUUUUUCAUUUUAUAUUUAGCAAGAUUCGCUCGGUUAGGAUCAAGUACUGAAUGAGCCUUUGUACAAACAUUUGUAAUAGAUUUUUUAGCAGUUGCAUAAUAAUUUGAAAACUAUGGGUAAGAAAGUUUGUGAUGUGGCAUCCAUGUGAUAAAAAUUAUGGAAAUUUAUGAAAGAGAGUAUACAAGAACACAAAUUUAAAGGGAUGUGAACGUUAGGGUGAAAUAAACAAAAAACUCCCAGUUUUCUUUAGCCUGGGUACUGACGCACCCCUCCCGUCAAAAAAAUCGGGGAGAGAGACGUCUGUGAAUCGCCUAAAUUACUCUGGACUCUUGUACAGUCGAUGUACAGCACGUACGCAGUUAUCACUGAGUUAGCUAGGCUCUAACUAGAAUAUGUAGCUAAAAUGUCAUUUAUAACGAGUGUAAUAUGCUUUGGAGGAUUCUAAAACGUACAUUUUCUUCCGUCUUUUUUAGCUCAUAAAGUCGGUCUGUGCCCUGUGCAUCUAUUUCCUGUGUUUUUUGGUUUUAACAGAAUUUUAAUCUCGGAAGCACUGUUUACAUUUCCAAUCUAGCGUUUUAUGCAGGAGUUGAUCCUUUCGAUGAUUUCGAGUAGGUUUCACAUUAAAGGAUCGUUCACUUCUCUUCAGCAAGAAAUCGUAGCUCUACUUUGUCUAAUUUUACGUCUGUACACAGGCUAGCCGAAAAACUCCCUCGCUGAAAUUCAGAUAUAACAUCUCUGAUCAAGCGUAGCACAUCCUAACCAAGCAGAUCUUGCUAAAUAUAAAAUGUAAAUGUUUUCUGAUGUUAGUUACAAUCGAAUAGGGGUAUACGAUAGAGACAAGGACCAAGGAUGAAUAGUUCUUUUCCUCAGAGUUAAUCGAUGGUUUAGUGCUGAUAUUUUUCGAUCGAUCGUAUAAACACUUGACAACACCGCGUUUAACUGACUGAGGGUGGUGUGAGUCAUAAGACAGGUACUGAUCAGUGUGCGUAGGUUUUCUGUAAACACUUGCAGUGAGGCGUCCUUCUGAAUCUCUUAUGACCAAUGUGUCAAGAAAGGAAAUUGUGUGUUGAGUGUUGAGAUGCUCUAGAAAAUCUUCGACAUCAUUCCGUUUUAAGAUGGUAAACGUAUUGUCAACAGAACGUUUCCGAAAUUAAAUACAUCGAAGGUUUAUCUGAACCAGUUCGUCGUUGCCUGCAACGUCGUGGCGUACAAUCUGUUUUCAAGUCCGACACAACACUAAAAUCGCACUGAGUACGACCUAAGGAUUCUGUUGAUCCACGAAAACAAGAUACAAAAGUGGAUACGAUUCCUUGUGAAUGCGGCAAAGUAUACAUUGGCGAAACGGGAAGAUGCAUACAUGAACGGAUUAAGAGAACGAAAGGGAUAUACAGCUUUCACGAACUCAAACUUCGGCCGUUUCUGAACACGCCAAUAAGACCGGGAAUUAUCUGCUCUGGGACGAAGUUAAGUUUAUUGACCGAGAUCCGCACUGGUACUCUCGUAGAGUUAAAGAGGCUAUUCUCCUAAGACUUCACCCUAACAAUAUCAACGUGGACAGUAGAAUUGAGAUUGUACAAAUAGUCCGACUCAGUAAAUCGACACUAUCCUCUGAUGAAGACCUGCAGUGUGAUAUCAAAGUGACAAUCGUGAGACAAACGAUAAACUAAACCCUUUGUACACAUUAUCCACGAUGAUUAAUAUCUUUCAUGAUAUUAAUAUAUUUUUUUAUAUGUAUGAUAAUUACCUUUUCUGACCUCGUAAGCAUGUCCAAAAUACAAAAGAAUUAUUUCUUUCAAAAGAGACCAGAAAGGCUCAUUUAUAUACCUAUGAAAGAAUGAAUAAAUGGACCGCCAUUAUGAAAGAGGUUUGUCGAAACUUUAAGCGGGCUUUUCGACACGGAUGCUAGGUCAAGUGUCUACGACCAAUCGUAAUGCAACUCAUCGACGAAUGCGAAAAUGGAAAUGUAACGAGUGAAAACUACACCCCAGAGACCUCCUGGUGUCGUAGGGAGACUGGGGAGAAGGAGAAAAGAAUGUUCGCGGGGGGACGCUUCCCAUCGACCCCCCCGCGCUUACUAUGCUAUUUCGGCCAUUGGGUACCCAGUGGGAGCCUCUGCGGAGGAGAGAGAGCCCAAAGUCUCGUAAGAUUGAUCAUUUUUGUACUCAAGAGGACCUGAUGAUGAUACUUACUUCAUAAAAUUGGCUUUAAAUCCUUUUCGACUCGUCCGUUACAGAGUAUUAGGAUGAUUUAGCAACAGAACGGGAACGUCAGUUGACGUCGGCACGUGCAAAUCAAACAACUGGCUUGACCAAUGGCGGAGCGACAAACUGGGCACCGGAGGUCGAGUUUAGUCCUUUUAACGCGCCGUCGUCAAAUGACGUUCCCGUUCUGUUGCUAAAUCAGCCUAUUGACUGAGCUGAACGUCAGAGUUUAGCUUUACAACCGCUGUCGAGUGUUAUGCAACUUUCCAUUGUUAUGGGUGCCAUAAAUCGUCAUAUCCAACGUAUUCUGUCGAUUAAAGUUUCUUCUUUCCAUGAAGGUGGAUUCAAAACCCUUUUUUUAAAAUGGGUUUUGAAUGAAACUCGUAAAACAAGUUUCAUAUAUGAGCUAUGUACGGAAUAAAAUCCUAGUAGAAGGACGUACUAAUAUAAUAAAUCGUUUGUCAAUUUUUUCUUAGGGUUAUUUUCUCCUUCAUCACUUAGCCAUGAUGGUCGGACGUGACGAGUUUGAUACCUUUCUAUUUAGUUAUGUCCAGCAUUACAGUGGGCAACUUGUCUCCUCUGAGGUAAGAACCGCCGUAAGAUUUAGCUUAGUUGAGUUGUAUUAAACGGUGCCAACAGAAAUGUAUGUAACAACUAGUUUCCACUUCGUCAUUUUCCUGCAAGUUCCGGUAACCCUUUCAGCCCAUGGGUGAAUGAUGGAGAUCUAAAAGGUGAUUCUACCGUUUGAGUUUGCAGACGAAAUCGUUUGAUGUUUCAACUGAAUGAAACGAAUUCUCUUCAGUAGUAUUUUCACUUGAUACUUUUUUAGCAUGGUGAGAAUUGAACUUUCUCAAACUCAUUAAUAAUUUAUAAAGAAAAUACAAGCUAAAUUAAUGUUUAAUGAGUAUUUGGAAAUCAGAUGAGAAACUGCUCAUUUUUGCAUCCUUAAUUUCUCCUUCUAAAAUCAUUUUGUUUGAGAAGUAAUGUCAAGCAUUCGACACAGUGUUUCACCACCAGAUGAAACACCUCGAAGUUCGUCAAAAAUACUCCGCUUCGCGUCGUAUUUUCAACUCCCUUCUUGGUGUUUCAUCUGGUGAUGAAACACCGCGUCUUAUGCUUGAUGUAUUACAUGAAAAUACAAUGCAUCCUAUUUGACGCUAGUGAUGGACAAAAAUUUUUGGUGUUUAAAUAGCCUUUAAUAUGUUUUUCAAUAGACCUUAUUCACGAUAAUCACCAUCUUUACAAGUGCUCAAGGAUUGAUGUUACGUGGUUUCUCAUAGAUCGCGUUUCGUGGAGUCUUACAAUAAUUACGGCUUGCUUUGAGAAUAUCAACCGUCGUUGAUGCAUCCUAAAAAGGUCACAAUGAUCACCUCCACCCGCAUUGCCAUUGUCAUCUUAACAUUAAAAAUUCUACACUUUAUUUUUUCCAGAAUGUAUUCUCUCGACGGCGAUUUCUUGCAUUUGGGGAUUUUAUAAGUUGUUUUCCCCCGUGAGGAACCACGUUACAUUGCAUUUCCACCACUUGUAAAAUCCUAAGCAUCCUACUGAUGCACAGUUACGACCUAUAGAUAAUUCCAGCGACAAAAAUUUGCUCUGUCUCCUUUGAAUUAAUCCAUCCAUUGUACUAAGGUUCACUCGUUGUGUCUCUUCUUCUCGGCAGGAAUUCUUUGAAUACUUUGUACAAAGUUUUCCCGACAUUUCAAGGUGAGUGGAAAAUUCCAAUGACAAGGCUUAACUGGUGCCCUCCUAGAGGAACCGUAAUUUGAAAGUCGUUGGUUGAUUUACCUCCAAAUAUUGGCUAAAAUAAUAUUCUACAAUAUGAAGCUACUUAAGCUAGGCAUUCAUCAGUUUCACAUUGCCCAUAAUACACAUUACUAACCUCUCUCCCUAAGAUUUUGCUGAACCGUUGUAACUAAUUUCUCCUGGGUAAUAAAGUCGUCCUGACAGAAAUUGAAGAUAAUGCUUAUGCAAAAGUUUAGGGAGUAAACUAUGUGUAUUGUUGGCAAUAUGAAACUAUGAAUUUGAAUUUUUUAUUGAAGGUUGUAUCAUCGGUAGGCAAACUUUUUCUUCUAUAGGAGCUAUCGAACACAAACGAAUCUCUUACAGACAUGUUUUCAAAUGAGCUCCGACGUUAAAGAAUGUUUAAGUUAACUAAGAUUAAGCACAUUUUCUCUCAAAUAUCUUCACAAACUUCCUACUUUGAACGCCACACCUCACGUAAUUGCUGUCCGAAUUUGAUGACAAAAGGUUUCACGUCUGAUACUUAAGUAGAGUACGUUUUAUAUUUUUCCGUAGCUUGGCAUAGCUUCGAUGAUAAGAACAGUGUUUUUCUUUUAAUUACAGUGAGACCAAAAAGAAGUUCAUUACUGAAUGGCUUGAAAAUGCCAGAUUACCGAAAGUAAGUUUUCCUUCUGGUAUUGUUUGUCUCUUCUAAAAGCGGUUAUGUCAUGCAGGCGGUAUAGUCAAAGUUAGCCAAUAGGAAUUGGCCACUAGAUUAUUAAAGGGGAAUAUAAACUAUCCUCUUAGUAGAGUGAAGAAACAUUGAAAUAAGACAGCAUGUAAAAUAAUAAUGAAACGUAAUUGACCAAAAAGGCGCGGCCGAUUGGACUAAAGUGAAAGAGGUAAACAUUGAUUGUGGUCGGGGCUGUUAGAAACGUUCAAAAUGUCAGUUGUUGCUCUUUUUGUAUGACUUUUUUUUCCCGAUGAUCUCACUGCAGUCUUUCCCAUUUGGCAUAAGUGGGUUUCUUCAUUUUUUUAAGUAUUGAUUAGUUAUGAUUAAUUAUAUGUGGGAUUUUAGCCAAUCAGAAACGGCGAAAUAUUUUGAAUGAAUAAUAAUGGCCUUUAAAUGUAUGGCUGGGUGUGCACCGGACUUAUUAUUUUCUUAAUUUAUCCAUCACUAAGCGUACCACGAGGAACUCCAAAAUGUUAGAUUUUCCUUUGUACAAAACCGCCACAGGACAAAGAACCUACUAUUUAAGAACAGUUAAACUUUGAAACUCAGUGGACCUUGCCCUCAAGUUGAAAACCACCUUAAAGGACUUCAAGCGUUGUCCAAUGAACAAAUAGACAUACUUAGCUGAGGAACUGUAGACACUCACUGAAGCCAUGUGGACAUAAAUUCAGUCAGUUAUAGUAUCUAUAAAUGAGAUUUUUUCUUUAUACGCAGUCGUUUCCGAAAAAGUUUGAAAGUCCUGACAAUGAGCUGCUAUCACAAGUGGAACUCGAGGUAAGAAUUAACACGUUUAGUUAACAAAUCGACCACAAUUUUCGAUGGUCUACACUCUUAUAGACCAUAGAAAUGAUGUCAUAAAAUGUUCAAAACUCAAGUGGAACCACGAGCCACAGGCCGGCGAGUGGUUUCACUGCAAAGUUUUGAACGUCUUAUUUCUAUGGUCUAUGGUCUAUGGUGUAGACCAUGGAAAAUUGUGGUCGAUUUGUUUUUUACAACUUCAUGUAUUUUCAGUUUCCUGCGAAGUUUCUCGGAAAAUGUUACAUCAUUUCCAUGGUCUGUGGUCUCAUGGACCAUAGCUCUCGACCAGUCAGCGCGCGAGGAUUCGCGCAGUUAUUGUAAAACAAUCCUUUCGGACUUAGGAGAGUUUUGAAUCUUGUCUAAAAGUUGUCAUCUGAUGUUUGUAGUUUCAGAUAUGGAAGAAACAAGACACAAUAAUCAAACGAAACAAGACGCUGAGAGUGCGAAAGAGAAAAAAACCGCCAACAAGUACCUUGGUAAGUGCUUCACAAACGUCCCAAGUUUUGAGUCUGCAUAAUGGAUAAUGGUAUAGAUUUAGGUUGCAUUCCUUUUGAACAAUUUAAAUCCGGAUUUUGCGAUCCGAAAUUUGAUUUUUCGUUCCAUUAAGGACUAAACCAAUCGAAGAUUGCAAUCUGAACGAUCCACCUCCGGACUUGGAUCUUUCAUAUUGGUAUCUCAAUCUGGUUUCAGAUUUUUAUUCCAUUUAACAAAACUGCUUUCCGAUUGCAAGAACGUGCUCUUUCAUUGAUAAACACAGUGGGUCAACGUUAGUUCGGGCAAAAAUUAUUUAAAGGCGGGCGAGGGCAGAGAAACCGCGAGGAGAUUGGGCGGAAUAUUGAAAAACCGCCUGCACGGACGGGGGCUUUUUAAGUCGGUUCGCACGCCAGCGUACGGAUCGUUCCGAUUUUUCGAAAUGUUCGCCUGUCAAUCAAACAUUUUGGUAAUCCCAUGGGAGAGUUUAGAGGGACUGAACAAAUCACCUCCGAAAAACAAAAUCACAAAGAAGUGUUGACCGGAGCGUCGUCGAUCUUGAAUAUUUGACGGGAAAACAGGGCAAUUGUAUUGUUCAAAAACAGGAAAUGGCCAUUUACAGUCUUCUUCAAAGGAGAGAUGUCAUGGAAAUUUUGUCAACAAGAUUUAUCCACUGGAUGAUCUUUACUGUCUUUGGAUAUGGCAAAGAAGAAAUAUCCUCAUCGAAAACCUGUAUGAUCACAAUUUCUCCUCUAAAAAGUACUAUCGACGACCAGAUAUUGAAAAUAUGAGCCGUAAAGCAAUGGUUAUGACAGAAACAGUAAAUUUCAGUUCUUUCGAACGUUCAGAAGAUGCUUUGUUUCGGUGUUAGAGAAUAACGCACUCCAGCGCAAAACAUCGAACGGUAUCCGCGAUUGUGGUCGAUGAAGAAGAUCAGAGCAGAAGACGCACAGCGUAAUUCUCAAUCUUUUUGCUUUUUGUUCCAGCUUAACAUAAAACUCAAAAAUCUGAAGAUUGUCUAAUCGUAAAAAAUACAACAUCCUGCAAACAACCUUAAAAAGCCGGGUCCAGCGUCAAAACAUUCACGGACAAAGCAGUGACAAAGAAAAAAAAACCAAGGCUCCUUGGUUUGUAGUAAUGCUGAACGGCAUUUUAGUCGGAAAAGAGAAAGAAACAAAAAAAUAUUUAUUUAGCCGUAAAAAAAAACUUUUUAGGUUUUAAGAAUUUUUAAAGAAAUUUACUUUACUGUUGCAUCUGAGAUCAACAAAUUCUAAUUAGCGAAGUUAACAUUUUAUGAAAUAAUUACUCAAUACGGAUUAAACAAACCAACUCCGCUUUUUCUAAAAAAUGUAAGAUUUAGUGCAGCCUUUAAGAUCUACUCAGUCAAGUUUAGAACUCAGUUUAGUCACCUAUGCCGAGAUAGCCAAAAGGAAAAACCUGUUUUGUUCAAGCAAACUCAAUUCCGCCAAGGUCCACGUUUUACACUUAUCUCUUUUUGUGUCGUGUUUAGGGUCAACACUUUAUUUCUGAUUUUGGGAAAACGGAAACCAAACAAGUUGUCAACAGGAUAAUCUUUGAGUUGAAGGGGCGGCAGUUGAAAAGGCCACGAAUCUGAAAAGGCGGUUUUUUUUUCUGGUUGUUUUCGCCGCUGUUUGGUCGCGCGCGAAUUUAGUUACGCCGCUCCUGCGCCCAGCUCGACAAAACCGCCAUGCUACGCAGGCUACUUAUUAGACUUCUUUGUUAUAUGUUUUUGCUAGCUUUUCUAGACUUGACCGGGUACAAUGUUAAAUAGUAUUCCUAUCAUUUUAAACAAUAGAAACAUCGUAAUAAUUUAUUCACUCACAAUUUGCAAUCAACAAACAAAGGAUUGUGCACGGUUAGGGAGCUUCCAAUAUAAACUGCAUCCCCGUUAUUUUCAUUUUUGAUUUUUGUUGACUUUCAUGACCAGUGCCCUAGUCUAUUAACUAUGGUCGUACUAACGGGAUGGCAUCAUACGCCCUACCCUAGGUGCCAUAGACUUUUCAUGUCGGUUUCUUCAAGACUUGAUAGUGACCCGCGCGCUUCGCCGCGCGUGGCCUUAAUCAAGGAGCCAGGGUAGCUAGACACACAUGCUCCGACUUACUGAGAGCCAUCCUCGGUGACCCAGGGGCAAUCAGUCGGGUCAGGAAAAACGAGCAAACGGCACGACGACAAUUGGGCGCAUCGAACAGGUUAAUUGUGCCAAUAAGCCUGGGUAAUUAGAAAUACAGCCUGAGUUUAGUUCUCAAGUAUCAGUCGGCCUGAUAUUACGUAAAAACGGGGUGGUCGUAUGACAGGUUCUAGUAGUGGUAUAUUCCAAAUUCCCAAGGAAGUCUUAUGUUUCAGAUACGUUUAGGAACCCUGUGUGUAUCUAAACUGGCUUAAUACCCUUAUCCGAUUCUACAAUGGCUUUCAUUGCACCUUAAGUGUAUCAGCAUGCAAUAACCUUUUUUUUUUCACUUGUUUCUCUUCUAAACAUCAGGAACUUCCUGAGCAAGUUGUUUUGUUCCUGGAGAAGCUUUUGGAACGAGAUACUAUCUCCCACACAACUUUACGUCAGUUGGACAAGUGUUACAAUUUCUCACGAGGCAAUGCUGAGGUGUGUUGAUUAUACCUAGAUGAGGGAACUACCCCUUGAACCCUUUUUAAAGGGUUAAGGAUUAAGGGUUUGAUCGUCAUCAAUUUUCUCCUUGUUUUAUCUAUGCUUCAUUGAAAAGAGUCGUUACAAGAAUCAAAUAAUUGAUCACACUUGAUGAAUUUAAUCGAUACUUGAACAACCUCUCCCCGAUACGUCUAUAGGAAAUGUAUCAGGACAAUGAAGAAUUUAAAUUUUGAUAUGCAGGUUUAAAGGACUGAAAUAACGGGGGUGUUCGUGAUACAUUUUAGCUGGUAAAAUUUGUAGAUUGCUACCGGUAAGAGUGCUAAAAUCUAAGAUGACCGCCUUUGGAGUGGUCGAGGUACCUUUAGAGUAGAGAUGGUGCCUUAUGUCAAUGCUAGUAUACUAGCCCUUGUGGAUGAAAAUGAAUUUGACUUUCGCCCGCAAAAUGGUAUCUUUUUUUCUGGUAUCCAUAAUCUUCUCACAGCACCUUGGGCAAAAUUUUCUAUGAAAACCUAUUGUUGGAAAGGACCAUUCUAGCUUACACUCUAACUCACAAUUCGAAGACUCCUCCACAUUCCAAUUGUUGUUAACACGGUCACUUCAAAAGGAGGUAAAGUCAUUUUUUCCGACAUUUGCCUCCUCUUUGCGAAGAAAAUCUUGGGUGUAGAGCUUAAAUUCGAGUUUGUUUUUUUUUGCAGAUUCGACAUCGAUGGUGUGAACUCGUUGUGAAACACAAGUAAGAGUAGUUUACAGUUUGCUGUGGUUUACUGUAGAAUAAUGUCUUCUUGACUCCCAACCCCUCCUAGCCACAACCCGUUCUCACGAAAAGAGGCCAUUUUAGGUUAACAUCGUUCUGCAGCUGUAUAAGCUAAGUAUCAAACUAAUAAAGUUUGAAUGUCGCUUCGUUUUUACACAAGAGAGAAGAGUAACAAAGAGAAAUCAAAAGGUAUAAAUAGUGCCAUUCACAUGGGAAUAAGUUGAAUCUGCUCCGUCACGCGCACUUAUACUUGCAUUAGUUGGCCCGGCUUCGUAUUGUAAUGGGUAAGACCACUUAACAGGUUCGUCAGAUACUUGGACUAUUUGUGGGCGAACUUCUAUUUAUUUAUGUCCAUAUACAGCAGUUCCUUUUACUUUCUGCACCUACGUUGUAGCUACAUGUGGUUAGCCACAAUAACCAGAAACAAACCAACUCAAGACAAAGUUCAAUGGAUAAAUAAAAAGCCAACGCUACCGUGUAGAAACUAAAGCCUUCCUCAUUUCAGUAGCCUUUGGUCACUCGGGUCUUCUUUCGCUUGCUGCUCUCACGUGACUUCUCGCGACUCUUCCAAACGGAGAGCUUGCUCGCAGGCUACAGUUGAAAGUUUAAGUCGAUAUACAGCAGUUCCUUUUACUCUUUGAGCCUAGCUACACGUAUAGUUAGCUGAAAAUAACCACUAAAGUAGAAAACGCUCAAUGGAUCAAUGAAAAACCAACGCUACAUUACAGUGAAUAAAGUUUUUCUCACUUUAGUAGCCUUUGGUCGCUUACCCUCUUGAUACGUAAAAGUGUUUUCUUCCGCUUAACAAUGGUUUGCCUUUAGUGAUGAUUAUCAUUGUCGAAACUAAAGCCUACGCAAUUUUAUAUUUUUCAUAAAGUACCCUAGAUUUACGAGGUAUUCUUAGAAUAACCCUACUAUCACCGCGUUGCAAAAAAUUCAGUACUUUUUUGGUGUUUUAUCUUCUUGUUACAGCUUAUGUUUAAGCAAACGCGCAACUAUUUUGUUGGCCGUAUGACUGAUUACAAAGCAGUGAAAAGUUACUUCUUCUUCAGGCAAAACGCUCCUCACUUUCUUUCUUGCUUGCUAGCUAAUCAAGCGUAAGAAAGUAGAUGGAAUUUUAAAAAUUCAAAAUAAGAGAAUCACGUCAUCAUUAUCUAGAAAUGAGGGAGUCCCCUUCUCGCUAGGCAAUGUUUUGAAAGUACAUGGAAUUUAAAAAAUAAAAAGACUCACUUUCUCAAGAUUUCAAAGCAGCGAUAUAAAGAUACAGUCGAACUUCUACUAAGUGCCACACCUCUACAACGGUCAGCCUUUUCACUCCCAAAAUAAUUCCAAAGUUAACCUUGCAAAAUGAAAAUAACCCGAGAAACUAUUAGCACGAUGUCAAAAUACUGCAAAAUUGGUUUCAUUUGAAUUGUCAUACCAAAGGUUUUUGUCCACGAUCUCAACAGUUGGAGUGCCUACAGAACAAAUAGUGGUGAACAAACUGAGGUUUCAUAUAAAUGGUUGGAACAUAGGAUUUCAUCCACAGACUCAAACGUUAGAACACUGAUAUUACAAAUGUAGAAUUACCAUGCGAUGAUCGUACUAAAGAGGUCAUUAAUUUGCCAGUGAUUGGUGAAACUGUAGGAUCUCGUUCAUGGUUGUCAAAAAUUGCGUCUCGCUUCGAUUAAAUCUGGGAGUAAAAAAGUUAAAUACAGACUGACUGCAAGUAUAACGCUUAGAUUCGAAAUGGAAUAUUAAACUGCUUAGCCAGAACUCUUAGUCGAGAAUAGAUAACAUCCCAGUCGAGGUAAAACCCUUGCAAGUAACGCUUUGUUUGCUUGUUGAUGAUGAAAGAGGAUCUACCAUGUAGCACGCGGCUGUUGUUGAACGUUACAACUUCGCCGGGUGACAUUUUAUGCUCAAUUUGAUUGGCUGGAUCUGCUAUCAUCUUGCCAAUUGUCAGGUAGGCUUCAUACAGUUGAAUAGUUUUUUCUGGAGAAACAUGCAGCCCGGAAUCACGCGUCGGAUUGUUGCAAGAGAAUCGGACGAUGUUUUCAUUCUCGUCCAACCUACGAGAAGAAUAUUAACACAGGAUCAAAACAAUGGCCCUAAACAUGCAUUCAUUAAACUCUUUGCCUCCUUUUUUUGGUAGCUGUCUUAAAUGUCUUUUAGGCCUUUCUUCGUCGUUUAAAGUUUCGAAAUCCUAAAUGGAACCUACAGGCCGUCCACCGCCGGUGUGGACGUAUUCUUGUAACAAGACGGCACGUCUACCUAAAUCCUCUAUAAAGCCCCUCCGGGGCUUAAUUAUUUCAAACACAUUUCAGGGGGGAGGGGGGCUUAUUUGAGAGAGGGGUUUAUUUAAUUUAACAAAGACUAUGGUAUCAGUUCUCCAUAAAGAACUAGAAUGCAAAGUGGAAAAGUUCAAGUACAAUACGUUGGAAGUCAUGCAGCCGAGGAUCGAAAACAACUCCGAACUUCCAGCUAGUGAAUAAACCAUCCUAGAUCAGUCCACAUGAGGUUUUACAGUCGUGAUUGAUUAAUACAUUCUAUCAUUUAUUAGUGAAUAAUAAUAAUAAGGGGGAGGGGACGGGGGCUUAAAAGAGAUGGGGCGGGGGGGGUAUUAACUUUCUUCCCUGAAAAGGGUGGGCCCAUUAGAGAGGGACUUAUUUGAGAAGGGGGGCUUAAUAGAGGAUUUACGGUAUAUGUAUUGUUGUUGGCAGAGUGUAGACACACAAUGACUAGUUUGCUGUUACAAAGCCCGAAAACGAGAUCUUUUUUUUCCCUUCUGGACGUCGCCUUUGAAUAAUUCUGUGCUGGCACAGGUAUUGUAAGACAAGUCUGUUUUUACUUAUUGUCAAAAAGUUGUAGGAUUUUUGAAACACUCACUCUAUUAUGUGCCUUGCGAAUUUGGUGUGAAAUUCGCCAAAGAUGUCGAUCCCUUUAGCAGUGAACGGAAUGCGCGUGGUUGACAAGAGCUUAAACGCUUCCGGAUCUUUUUCCUUCAGCUCCUCUGCUACAUAGAAUCCAUCUACAAACUGAUUGCCACCUCCUUCACUCAACACUUGCUCAAUACAAUGGAGAAGUUGAACCUAAACAAAGCAUGGCAUUUGCCACUUUAGAAACCAAAAUGGAGCCAAAAUGUGUACCGCAAUUGAUUCUGGGAUCGUUACUUGGGACGCGUCAGGCAGCUAUUGGCCAGUUUUUUUUCUCCUGUCCCUGGUUACAGUCCCAGAAGUCUUUGCGAAAUUUUUCAUUCUCGUUUCUGUAGUGGCGAAUGUCUGUUCGUAACGUAUCAAAGGAAGAGCUAAGCGUCUCCAAGGCAAACAACAAGAAAGCUGUUGAUAUUUUUCUUUUCUUGCCUUUCUUUAUUUUUUGUUCCUUUCUUUUGUUUUUGUUGUUGUUGUUUUCCUUUUUGCCUAGGAAUGUACUCCAGAAAAUAUAGAAUAAAACUUGUUGCAACUUGUUUUGCAACAUUGCUGCAAAACGAGUUGAAUAGCGAGGUUGCGCGUUUUACCACCCACCUCAAAACUGUCUUGCAACCAACCUCGUUCCCAGGGUUCUCUCAGAGAGAGAACCUGGGAACGAGGUUGAUGCAGAAAGUACAGAGUAGUUUUCACGUUUUGCAGCAAACUCUGUACAUGUUUACUUGCCUUUUUGCAACAAGUAACGUAACUUCCGUGUAUGGCGUGGCUCCCGUCUAAUUUUACCGACCUUAAGUUUAGGUGGACUGCAACAUAGAGAACGGUGACUUUGGCCGCGGCGGCUUGGGGAGGGACGACGUUCACUUGGCGAGAGAAACAAACUUUAAGUUUCAGUGGACUUGACGGUCGAAGACGUUUUUCUAACUUUCGGAAGGUUCGAGAGAAUGAGUUCCCUGAAAGAUCCGAGUGAUUUUGGUCUACUUUUACAUGAUGGUGUCAUAUCAGAUGAGGAAUUCGUUCUCUUGUACAAUGAAAUCUAGUUGAGCGCUUUGUUACUCGAAAGAGAAUGUUCGUCGCUUCAUUGGGCCUAUUUGCGAUCUACGUAUUGCCACAUUUUCCCACGCUCCACAGUUCUUAUGCUAACAACUGGUAAUCGAGCUUACACAGUUCUGGGCUUGAAGCGAUGGGAUUCACUUGCAAGAAUUUCUUUAGCAAGCUGAAUAUCGUGAACUUAAGUCCACUCCAUAUUCUUAAAAUAAGAACAAAUAAUUAACACGAUGAACAAUGCGCGCGAUAAACAAGCUUCGAGUUCCUUCAUCCUGCUUUAUCAAGAGGUUUAUUUUGUCGAAUAAUGAACCUAUGAACACGUAAUUUUAUUUUGGCCUAUAACUUAAGCAGAAAAAAUGAACUUAAUAAUUCGUGAAUGAAGAAAAGGGUGGAAGCCGAUGUUCACAUGAUGCGAGAAUAUUAGAUGUGAUAAUUUUAUCGCUGGGAUUUCUAAUCCUGCAUUUGGACAAGUUCAGUGUGCUAUAUUCCAUCAUAAAAUAGUGUUACAUUAAGUAAUUGAGAAAGGGUUACCAUUUGAAGUAAACUAGACAUUACAGGAACAGAUUAAACCGAUAUUCUGUCAAAAUAAAGAUAUUUUGAAGACAAAAACAGGAAAAGAAAACUCACGUUCUCGAGACACCGCCGCACUAAGCUUUCUCACCGUCGCGACGUGCAGUCGACGUAGGCUGGACGGCCGAGAUAUAUGCAAAUUAGCCCCAAAUCGGGCAACUUUUAUUUCCAGUUGCCGUCCUCCACCUUACCGUCCACCCUUACUUGAGGUCCGUUUUAUACAAUUAGAUGUCAGUACUCACGCAACUUGCAACCGCCUGAUUUGUUGCAAGACAGGUUUGAAGUUAGGUGAUAAAACGCGCAACAUCACUUUUCAAAUCGUUUGGCAGCAAUGUUGCAAAACAAGUUGCACGUUUUCUUUGUUGCGCGUUUUAUCGUACACUGUAGCUUAAGUAUUUUCCUUUGUAUCUUUAACUUACCCCUGGUACGUAAUCAUGGUAAGGCAUGUCAGUGUGUGGCGGUAGGAAUAGUGAGGUAUACGCCAGAUUGUUGGCAUUUAACUUUGUGUGCACUUCGAAGCACUCACUGCAAGUGAAAUUCAGCAGUAUUUCUUAGUAUAAUCUUUGACAUCUUCCCGUAAUAUCAUAUACUGACAAGGGUGACCGUUAAGAGAGAAUCGACUGUAAUUAGGUAGCCUGCUAGAAGACCCUCGGAGGUGGGAUUGUAGAGGGAAGGUUUCCACCGACUCCGUCUUCCCGCCCACCUCCCCCUGACAGCUUGCUCGCUGGCAGGUAAUUGAAUAAAAUCAGGUGGUCUCACAGCUGUGAUAACAGCAUUCCUAAAUCGUGGUCAGUUUGUUCUUUCCACAUAAAAAACAAUUUUAUCAAGAAAAAUAUGUAGACAGAGUUUCGUGACGUCACGCGCCGUUGUUCCUCACUUGUUUGGACAUAGCUCCGUUUUUAUUGAAUGCAAAAACAAUCUCCACCCAUGUUUGCCCUUAGUUGUCUUGACAUUAUAAAUUCUUUUUUUAUUGCGUUCAAAGUCGCUCUUACAACGAAAAAAGGUAUUAUCAGCAAAAGAGUAUGUAAGGGAGUCGUGGAUAACCGUUUGUUUACCUCUAUUUCAUUUCCAUCUAGCAUCCUACAAUGGCAGCUACAGAUUGUAAAUUUGAAAAAUCCUAAUCCAAAACAAGUACUGCUCGUUGAGUCACAAUGUUUAGUAGGCUUUUCUAUGGAGCUUAGAGUUCACACUGCAAUCCUUUUGGCUCAUACUUUCUCCUGUAUUUUGAUUCAAAACAGAUCCGGAGGUCUCUUGCAUAAACAGUGCUCCGACAGUCCUAAAAAUGUUUCAUAAUCUUUAGUAAUUUUCAAAUGUGAUAUGACUCCUUAAACAGGAAAUAAAGAAAGUAUUACCUAGGCCAGCUGUGAAGAUGAUAUCAGACCUUUUCUAUCGCAAGUCGAAUGUUUUUUUUUUACCACACCUGUUUAGUGGUCAAGCUUAUCAGUAACUGGCACCCACUGAUGAACAGUGUAGUUUGAAUUUGAAAAAAAAAGCCUUGAACACUUGUAAAAAAAAAGAAAAGGAAAGAAAAAGAGGGGAAGAAAAUUAAAGUAUAUUUUCCAUUUUUCCCUUCCAAAAUGAACCAAAAGAAUAGAUUCAAGAUAUGAUUCGUGUCAUGAUUAAAUGUUAAGCCCCAUGCAAACGGACGUAAAGUUUAAAACCGGUCAAACUUUUAGCUACGCCAACAAUACUGGGAGUUGUUGCGUCCUUUUGCACGUAGCUAUACCAUUAGAUAUUUCCGCUCUCAUCCCUCGGGGUCCACAGAGGAUAAGUGGUAAAUAUUUCCUCCUCAUUGUAUCCAAAAGGGAUGCAGAGUUUUGUUGUGUUAGGUUUGUUUUGUUUUUUUUUUUUCAAAUCGCCCUUAUAAAUCUAAACAUUAUAAAAGCCUUCAAAACAGAUCAUCGUAAAUAUGUUUAUCGACAGAAACUGAAAUUUAAUCUUUAACGCCUUGUUCAAAGCAAAGCAAAACUGGCAAACAAAAUAAUAAACAAGAGGCCGAAUUUCUAUCAAUAAAAGUGUAGUUUGGAGAACCUUCUAGGUAUUGGAACUGGUAGAAAUAUUGUAGCCAGCCCCCCUUUAAAUUGUAGUUUUUGUGUCCGUCAGUCAAAUGAGAGUGCCAAUUGUGUUAUAUCACUGGUCGAAAAAUUGGAAAGAAACAACAGUAAAUGUAUGUUUUACUGAUGUGGGUAUCGCUUAUAAAUUUCAAGCAGCUUUGUUGUAUGUAAUUUAUUCAUUUUUGUCAAUCUUCUCUUGCUUAAGUCGGUCAGUAUUGCCGUGUUUGAUUGACCAAAAUACCUGAAUCGUAAAUGUUCCUUAACUCUGGUUUUUAGAUGUAACCGAUUACCUAAGGGAAAACUGUAAAUUGUUAUGGUCACUCCAUGAAAAACCGGCGUUUCUGAAAGUAAAUUCCCAUGGUGUGAGUGCAAAGUUGGAAGGUUUCCCCCGCUCGGCAAAUAAACCAAUGACAUGUCCAGUUUCGAUCUCGAUUUUCCGUCUUUACACUUGAUGUCCAUUUUGUGGAAAAGAAAUCGAUAAAUUAUUAACUAUUUCAAUGCAACUGUGAUUUUAAUUUUUUUAAAGGGUCAUUUUUCUUGUAGGCCAAAUUGUCUUUUCAUUGUAAGAUGUCAACUUCAAGUUAGCUUUCGUUAACUCUUGAGGCACAAACUAGCAAAUUUCGUAAAGCACUGGUUUUAAAUCAUUUGUGUUAUCAAUACUGUAAAUACCAUUUAAUGAAAUUGACAACAUUUUAAAAUUAAUUUUGCCUCAGUCCAAUGGUUUCAAGUGCCCUGCAAAUGCAACUAAAUCGUUCACCGGGUUUGAUUCGCAUACUUAGGUAAAGUCAUUGGUUAACGAAAAAAUAAUUUACAUACCCAAAGUUUGUCGUUUUUGUAUACCCCACUCUUGCGCAUAGUUGAUUGCAUUCGCCUGGUUGUCGCGGUGUAUCUUUCAAUAGCGCAAUUCCUACACUAUGAAGCGAGUGCAACCAUUCGUACAAUCUAAAGUCGUCUUCAAUGACUUCUUGAAAACGGUAGCUUGGGAUCUUGCCCUGGAGUUUAUUGUUGUUCCAAACUCUUACUCCCUCUCUCUGAAGGGACGAUCGCUCCAUCGUCGUAUUUGCCUGUUCGGUAGCUUGUCUGGAACGAAGCCACUGCGAGCUAAAGAGACUAACAUGUUUGUCUGGCCAAGUGAUGGAGAUUUCUUCACCAUUUUGUAAAACCUCGACUCUCUGGGGUUGAAUGUCCAUGUCUAGCUUGUUAAACGUGUCGUACGUUCGCUGGAGUGAAGAUUCGUGGAAACACUCGGAACAUUGGCAGUUGUCGCGGAGGAAAACGAAGGGAAACCGACUUACUGUGUCGUUGUUCCAUGUCACAUUAAGCAUCCGAGAUCCGCCUGCCUGCUGGACAUUCUGCACAUUUAGUUCUCUUGAUCGAGAGGCGUUGUCAUAGUUUGCUUUUAAGACAGAAAAAUAUGCCCUAUUUAGCCCUUUGGGUCGACAUCUGGAAAUGUUACGAGCCAAUCGGGAAAACAUUGCAACUUGCAGUAAAUAUUCUGAACCGGUACAGCAGUCGUCUUAAGACUUGAUAUAUGCUACAGCAACGCUAAGGUUAAUAUAUUGUCGUUCUUCAGUGCCCGAAAUGUAAAAAUUAAAACGAUUAUGUCACCUUAGCUCGACAGUGCGUUCAAAUCACGAGGGGUUUGAAUACAAAAUGUACCUGUCUUGUUUUGCUUUUACUUUUAACCCACGCACAUGAUUCUUUGCCACACAAGUUUUGACAACAAAGUCACUGUGUGGAAACAGGUUGAGCAAGAUUAUGAAUAAACAAAAAUAACUCCCGUAAAUAGCUAAUCGGCUACAUGAUUUAUGGAUGAUUUGGCCAACAAUUAGCAAGACCCUUUCGGAUACAAGUAAGAAGACGCUCUCCGCUUCCUGUAUUCAUAUCGAUUUGAAGUGAGGAAUACUAGACUACUAGAUGAGAGAUUUCAACAGUUUUUCGCUUUGUAAUUGCCGUUGUUGUCUGUUUUUGGCGAAGAGCCUUGUGAAGGGCAAUUGAAACCUGACAUAACGUGAUCCAGAAAGACCAGUUUGGCAUUCAAGAGCCUCUUUGAAAAGGA